GACAGGGGGCCUGGGGCUGGUCUUCUUCUCCGGGCGCCUCUUUUCUUGUCCGCUGAGCCCGGGCGAGGGACCCCGAGGCGUCUCCGGCUCCGCUCCGCGCGCGCGCUCCCUCGGCCCCGCCCGGCACCUGCCUCCUCCUCGCAGGCCCCGGCCCCGCCCUCGCAGCCGGGCAGCCACCGCGGGCGAAGGCGUCUGUUAGCAGCGGCGAGCUGUUGGCGAAGGAGCGUGUGGUGCCGCUGCUGCAGCUGCGAGAGAGACGCCGGCCAUGGGGAGAGUGCAAGGAGGGAUGCGCUGCGUCAAGUUCCUGCUCUUCAUCUUCAACUUCAUCUUCUGGGUCAGUGCGGGGCGAUCGCGGCCGGGGAGAACGAGCCGGGGAGCAAAAGGCGAUCGGGGACUACGGGGCUGUGGGAAGCAGUGGUCAAAGAAGCGGGGAGAGAUUGAAUGGGAUUCAGAGUGCCCGGGAAAGGCGAGCAGUAAAGUCUGGUGAUGGGGCAGAGAGAGGCUGUUUCAUAGAUCGUGGAGCUGGGACCACGGGGGUCAUCUAGUCCAACCCCCUGCGAUGCAGGGCUCUUUUGCCCAGCGCGGGGCUCGAACUCACGACCCUGAGAUGAAGAGUCUCAUUCCCUGCUAACUGAGCUUUCCCGCGCCUCCACUUCAUCGGGAAGAGCAAACAGAGUAAGCCUUUUGCUGUCAGCAAAGAAUCUUGCUCCUUCAGGCUGCAAACCGACACGCUUACGUACGUGCUGAUAAACUGUAGCACAAUCCCAGCCAGCCGGUUUCUCUCUCCCCCUUGACCAUCCUUCGUUGCACAACCCCCUACUACAUGCCACCCUUCAUGAUCUCUUGAGCCUGCUAGAGCGAAAUUGAAAUAACAUGGGCUGGUGUGCAACCGCUCUGCCCUGCGCAUCCCUCUGCUUCUGAUCACGGGGAGGCUAACCUAACAGCUGCUAGAUACGUGGGAUACUUCAGUGGGGAAGGACAGGCUUCCUUUCUCCGUCGGAUCCUCUCUUUCUGCAAUGGCUGUUUUGUGCAAUCAAUUUAUGCAGCUAUCAAAGUGGGGAGCAGGCAGGUACAAACUGAUCCAAAGGAAAUGAAGCUGAGGUGUUCUAGUGCAAAGUGCCUUGUGAAGUUAAGUGUGUUUUGAAGGAAGCAGUGUGUUACGGAUCAUCUGUCAUCCUCAUCUAACCCAUGAUAUCUCAGUUACAGUAAAAAAACAUAUUGAGUGAAUGAGUUACCUUUGUUAGAGUGUCUUUUCUGCAUACGAUCAUCUUUUGUCUUUGGGGCAGAUGAGAUCAUCAGGCCAGGAGAAGUGUCUGUCUCUGCAACCCUCUUGUGGGAAAAUGCCUAUAACUUGCAAAUUGUCUGCACCUACGGGCUGGCCAUAUGGUCACAGGUUCAUGAAGCCUAGUGCCACAUUAAAAGCAAGUCAAAAAGGCUGGAAUCUACAAAAGCACAAAUGCUUUUUGCCCCAAUAAGCAUGUGAUUGUGAUGGGGUUUAAUGUCUUGCUUCCCUCCCCUGUGGGACAUCAACCAUGAAACCACUAACAACUUUCUUAAAUAACACUGACAUGUGAGCAUUGGUUAGAAUUCUGUGAGCUUUUCUAUUUGUGUCUCCGAGAUGUGUAAAGCUUUGUGGCUUCUUGAACCAUUUCCCCAGAGAUAAAGUGUUACCCCUCGCAUGUGUCGUGGAUCCUUUGUCCGUUUGGUCAAAAAUGUAUUUGCAGCAUUUGUGAGCAUCCACCCUGUGAGCGAUGAUUAAUGCAGGCCUCUCUUAUUUGUGGCAUGAGUGUGGACGCCACUAUGGCUCUGCGUGGAAGACCUCCCUUUGUAUCUGUAGAAUGCCCAGAAUGUUUUAAGCUGGAAUUUCCAAGCCAAGUGCAGUACUCUGUGAAUACAUUUCAAUGUCUAUCAUAUUAUGGAGCAUGACACGAUGUGUGGCUGUAGUUGAUUAGUAGGAAAUCUAGCCUUUCUUGGUUGUGAUCUCCUGAACCUGUAUACAAUAAAGGCAUUAAUGGUUUGCCAGUCCGCUGCAGCGUGUUCCUUUUGUUCCAGAUGUACUGAGGCAAAUCACUUUUGCAAAUAUUAAAAGCAGAGGAUAUCCAGAUAAGCAAGCAAGCUGCUUACCGACUCUUGUGCAGAAUAGUGUACAGAGCACAAGUGAAAGGCAAUAAUUUUUAAUAUAUUCUGACAAGCAAUAUUACAAUAUGCACUUUCUUCUGGUGGCUGUCAGAGUUCAUGCAAAUGUACAGAAUCUGCUCCCUCUUAUCUUUUGCUAUUGUUGAUGCAUCACGGGAGGCAAUUGCACUCCAGUGCUGUGGAGGGGAAGGGUGCAACUUCAGAAGAAUUCAGAAAAGCAGAAGCAACGGGGUGGGAGUUUUUGACAUUGAGGUCACAAUCAUGGGGGAAGGGAAGCCUUGUUCUUUUCCACCCCCUAUUUUGCUUAAAUGGCUGCUAAAGAUUCCUUGCUUGAGUGGUACCAGCUGCGAAUAUUCAACCUCUGAAUAAUGUCUUUAGCUAGAACCAUCAUCUGAGCAGGAAAGGUAAAUUCCCAGAGACUGUCAUCUAAAAAGGCCCUAAAACAUAGAAUCAUAGAGUUGGAAGGGGCUCCAAGGGACAUCUAGUCCAACCCCCUGCAAUACAGGAAUCUCAACUAACGCAUCCAUGACAGAUGACCAUCCAUCUGUCAUGCCAUUGGGAAAGGCCUCUAUUAAAAAUGGCAGACCCUAAGAGAUUUGCUGCCCUCCUCUAUCAUACUUCUGAUGUAUCCCCUGUGUAACACCAGCAGCAGCCUGCCGACUUCUUCCCCAUCACUGACUGGACAGGCUAUACGUGAGAGGUCGCCAACUGUUUUAGGCACAGGGACACAUUUUUGAGCGAGUGAAUAAUAUUAUUGUAGAGUUGGAUGCGGCUCCAAUGGUCAUGUAGUCCAACACAACCUUGGGCACUGCUCUCUCCUGUCACUUCUUGCUCCCUUCCCCUGGAUUGGCUCCUCUUCUCACCACUUGAAGACCAUGCCAAGCUGAAACUUGGAUUCAGUUGAUUUAAUCUGAGCCGUGAAAAGCACAUAGAGCUGAAAUACAAAGUUCCUCCUCUUUUCAAGGCAGAAAAGGGUGACCACUCACCAAGAGGGGCAAUGAAUGGGGGUGGGGGACACUCAGAGGCUUCAUGGGCACUUGGAAAUACCUUCAAGAUGCUACUGCACCCAAGAUGCCCUUGCAUUGGUGACCCCAACCAUACAUGCUCCCUUGGUGGGCAGGAUUGUUGUGGAAGCCUGGCAAGAUGAAAGCCAAACAGUGCUUGCAGCUAGCUUUGACCAAUACAGCUAGAAAUGAGUUGUCUUUUUCAUCAUAAGGAGAGCCUGUGGACUAAUUAUGUCUGGUUGGCCAGAAGUUUGUUUAAAAUCUGCAUUCAAGUUGCUGUUUGGCUGACUGGGCUAAUUUAUCAAUAAUUUGCUUUUGAAGAUGGCAACAAUCUUUAAAAGGUUUGCUUGUUCUGUUGCCUAACAUAUUAUUUGGAGAACUGGGAUCUUCUUUCUUAGAAGUAGUUUUCAGUUUCAGCAUCUCUGGUCACAUGGUGAAAGAAACUAUCACUGAGGGUAUUGUAGGCCAUGUAAUGAAUACAAGUUUGCUCUUUAUCUUGUUAGCCAUAACUUCUCAUAUUUGUGUAUUAAGCAUACCAGAAUCUUGUGCUCUGCUGCACACUGACAAGAGUCUUUCCAUUAGUAGAGAUGUUUAGCCCUGAAUUCCAAAAGAAUAACAUCACUUUAAUUGCUGGUACUCUAGUUUAUAUCUCAUCUAAGACAUCUCUUAGAUCUGAGUACCAACAUCAACCCGCCAGUAGAAGAAAAUAGCUCUUCAUUGAAACCAUAGAAACAGCAAAGGAAAUAAACAGCCACAAUGGGGCACAUUUGUUUAUCCUUGACAUUGUUUUGCUAUCAACACUUUCCCAGAGCUGCGUGGUUCUCUGUGCCCAGGCGGUGCAGUGGGUUGCUAAUCUAAAAGGAAGCAAAAAAUAAAUAACUCUUAAGGAACAGCUUGGGACUCUUCAAUUAUGGGCACACUUCCAUGAUGGCUUAAGAAUGUCCAUUGUGCAUAUACACUUCUAUAACUUUACAUAGACUCAGAGUUUAUUUUAGUCCUUCUAAGGGCAUCAUUCCUUCAUUUUGAAGGAGGAAUUUGUUAGGUCUGCUUUUCACAGCAGACUGACCAAACUGACACUCGCAGACGUGCUUGUGAACUGGAAUGCAACUCCCAGUUGGAUUUUGCACUUAUCCGGAUUUUGUGAAGCGGUUUUGGUGUGCAAAAAGUGUGCACAAAAAUACUUAUUUUAUGUUCAAAAGUCAUAUUUUCUGGGAAAUGUGUUCCUAUUUUCUGAGAAAGUGCAAAAUGUGUACAAUUUAAAUGUGGAUUUUUUAAAUUUUUUUUUGCAUUCUUUCCAAAAAACCCAUGCAAUAUUGUUUUCAACUUUUUCAUGUGGCUUUCAUUGUAUAUUUUUGUUUUUUAUUGCUGUAAACCACCAUGAUUUUUUAAUUGCAUAGUAAUACAUAAAUAUUUUAAUGAAUAAAUAAAAUGCAGUAGAAUGGACCUGUGACUGCGCAUCAUUGAAACAAAAAUUAGGAUAUUCAGUCCAUCCCUAGCAAUGCGGUACACCAGGAGUAGGGAACUGGAACUGACUGGUAGCCUGGAUCCAUAUUUCAAACACCCAUGGGUCAAGUUUGAUAGUGGGGGCAGCGUUGCCCACCUAUCAAUCACCUGAUGUUUUGCUGCACAGUUUGAUUCCAAACUGCAUGGGCAAAAAAAUUCUGCACAGCACUGGGGAAGCCCUUUGCACAGCAUUACUGAAGCAGUGACAAUCAGCUGAUAGCAAGCACCACAAAGCCCAUUUUAUCUACCUCCCACUGGGCAGAUGGCUAUGGCUUGGCCAGAACAAAUUUGCAGGCUAAUAGGGAGAUGUGGUGGACCUAAGUAGAUCUGCAAGACAGAGCUUUCCCAUCCAUGCAGUACAUAUUAGGGAGAUAAGUAUCAUCCAUGUGAAGUUCCAAAGCAGCAUACAGUGGUACCUUGGGUUAAGUACUUAAUUCGUUCCGGAGGUCUGUUCUUAACCUGAAACUGUUCUUAACCUGAAGCACCACUUUAGCUAAUGGGGCCUCCUGCUGCAGCCGUGCCUCCAGAGCACGAUUUCUGUUCUCAUCCUGAAGCAAAGUUCUUAACCCGAGGUUAGUGGAGUCUGUAACCUGAAUAUAAAUAACCUGGAUAUAAAUAAAAAAAAUUAUUAUUAUUAUUAUUAUUAUUAUUAUUAUUAUUAUUAUGCAGCAUGACUAGCACAUGGGACAAGUGAAAAUGAUCUUUUAAAAAAAGAGAAUCCUACCCCCAGUGCCCAUGUGAGAGGGCUAAAAAUGACCGACACCCACCAGUCACAAAAUAGCAGUGCAAGGGAGGAGAUGGUGACAAAUGAAAGGGGAGAUUAAUAUAAGCAGCUAGCAGCUGGUGACAUUGUUUACUGUUGAGAUCUCAUCCUUCUUUGAGAAUUGCAGAAUUCUUUGCCAUGGCAAUCUCCAUUCUGCUUUCCUCAAGCUAAGUAUAGCCAUUGGAUCUAGACAUUGCAUAACCUCCUCAUUUUAGGCAGAAUUUGCUUAUCCAGAGGUUCUAAGAAAAGCAGAAGCAACUCAUCUGUGCCCCCACUGCUGAGAAGCCAACAUUGUGGGUCCAUUCCACCAAACAAGUGGCUUCUGAAGAACUAAAUAUGCCUCUCCUAUCAUUUCUUCCCUUUUCCUUUUGCACUUGACGUUCACCCAUGCCCAUUCUGACCCUGCUAGUUUUUUCCCCUCCCAGAUCCUUUUACAUUAACUUCUUCUCCUAUAAAAACUUUCUUCCCUGUUCUGUUCUGUUAUAUUAUAUACACUGUUCUGUUAUAUAUACACUGAGUGGAAUUCAACAUUGUUCCAUGACAAACAUUCCAUCUGCGCAAGUGUUGGAGUUUGCCAGACUGUACAAUCCCCCAUCUCCCCCUUCCCCAUGCUCUUCCAGGGGUUCUCCCAAGACGCAGCUAAAUUUGGGAAACACAGGGCACACAAGGGGAGGAAAAUCCCACUGAACAAGCAGAACUUCUUGCAUAGGGCUUUCCCUGAUGGGGUUCAGCAGGUGAAUCUCACCCAGUAUAUUUUCUUUGCCCUUUGAAAAUGGGGUGGUUGGGGUUCAAGACUGCAAUGCAAAUUGCAUCCUGAACAUGAGUUACUAAAGCUGUUUCUGACAUCUCAUUCCAAAGAAACUUAGAGAGAAAUGGAAUCCCAACUGUAGUCCUCAGUUUGCUCAGCUAGUUCUGCAAAUUAAGGGCAUUUGCAUAAUUGAUUCUGCUGCUGUUAAGGGCACUGAAUCCCUGCCCCUUUGUUAGAGGAAGUCCUGCAUACUCCUCAUGGUUUCUGAUGCUCCACCAGGACGGUCUGUAUUAUUUUGAUAUUAUAUUUACAGUCAUCAGGCCUAGAAACUUGAUUUUUGGAAAACAAAUUGAUAGGCUGAGCAUGCCAGCAUCAGGGGUGGACUAGGGUGUUUUAAAUUUCAGCAGUGCUCUGUGUGAGCCCAAAAUUUGGCAGCCCCCUCAGUUCUUGCUUUCCGUUCUGCUCAGUUCACUAAGUCAUAAUUGUGACAUCCUGCAGCGCCCCCGUUUGGUGCCCAUUUCAGUGGAACCAGUCACACUGCCCUAAAUCUGCGUCUGCCAGCAUUCUAGAUUGAGCAUUCCAGCUUUUGAGCUUGCAUGUAUGCUGUGGUAAACUGCAGAAUUCUCAGUGGCCCAUCCUGUUUCUUCCCCUCAGCAAGGCAUGCACACAUGGCACUGACAUCUGACUUUCCAGAGGCCUGUCUACAGUACUUGCUGGUGGUAACUUUCUGCCUCCUACUCAGUAAUUGCUCCAUCCAGCCAUUUCUGUUUCAGGAUGUGGUUGGCCUAUCAUUUCUCUGGCCUUGUUUGAUCAGUCAGUUUCAGGUUUCCAGUCAGCCUUUGCAGGGCCAGUGCAAGACAUUUUGGGACCUGAGGCAAACCACAAAAUGGCACCCCUCCCCUUUCACCAGGGAAGAUGGGGUGAGUGAAGCUCUACAUCAGGAACAAGGAGGGAAUGAAGAUCCACACCAGGAAUGAGGGGCAAAUAAAGAUCUACAUCAGGAACUGGGAGGGCGGAGACCAGUAGUGCCUCCUAUUCACCAAGAGGCCACUGUAGAGGCGGCAUUUGGGAGGCUGCCGAAGAGAAAGCAGAUCUGGCCUCCAAGGAGCAUGCCACAGAUGCCGCUGGCACCAUAGCAAAAACAGCAGGCAACACACUCCUUGAAGGCCAGAUCUGCUGCCCCUGAGAAUGCUGCUUUCUGAGGUGGUCACCUCACCUUGCCUCAUGGGUGGGCCUGCCCUGAACUUUCAACCUGAGAUGCUUUCAAGCCACUGCAGUCUCUCCAGUCUACCAAAGGUUUCUUUAGGGAAGUUAAGGAGCACUGUAUAUUAAAUGGAAAUGACUCUCUGUUAAAAGCACUCAAUCUACCUGUCCAUCAUGCAACUAUUUCCAGUGUCAUUUCUGUCAAAUUAAAAAAGAAACGUGUGGUUGGAGGCUUCUCACCCAGUCAACAGCUCUUGAGUUCAGUAUGUAGAACCUCUUGAGUUCUGUUGUGUUAUCUGCUUGGAAAUACAGUCGUACCUCAGGUUAAGUACUUAAUUCAUUCCGGAGGUCUGUUCUUAACCUGAAACUGUUCUUAACCUGAAGCACCACUUUAGCUAAUGGGGCCUGCUGCUGCUGCUGCUGCCGCACUGCCGGAGCACAGUUUCUGUUCUCAUCCUGAAGCAAAGUACUUAACCCGAGGUAAUAUUUCUGGGUUAGCGGAGUCUGUAACCUGAAGCGUAUGUAACCCGAGGUACCACUGUAAAUGACUGAAAGAGAAAAAUACAGAGCCAUCCAUAGCACUAAUAGGUUCAGUUAAGUUCUAGUUAUGGGCAGGAGGAGGGAGAGAGAGGGAGAGAGCAACACACCAGCACUCAGAAGGUGAAUUGCUCACCUUGACCUUAUUACAUCAUGGUAGUGCAGAUAGAGUGGUGCAGGAUGAAACGAUUGGCUCGGAUAUUUGUAGACAGAAUGUCACACCAGUGCUGGUGUGGAGAUGGAGAUCAACCUCAGCCAGGGCUUAUGAAAACUAAAUUAUGCAUUCAGACACGAAUCACAGCUCUCUGCAUGUACAUGGAAUGGUGGGACUCUAACAGCUAUUGUUUUCAAUCACAGACAACAUGCCUGCUCUUUACCAGCAUGACUUAAGGGGGGGUGUCAGUGUAUAAAUGUUUAUUUUUAGAUACAUGGCAGUUAAGAGUUGGCCACUUCAUAACCGAACAUGAUGAAACAUCCCUCACACACUCUUCCUUUGUGUUUCUAUAGCAUCCCUACAAGGCUGAAAUGGCAUUAUUAACUUGCAUAUUAGGACUGCCAAUCAGAAGGUCCCCACAACAGGGUGAAUCCCCGAGACAGGGUGAGCUCCCGUUGCUUGGUCCCUGCUCCUGCUAACCUAGCAGUUCGAAAGCACGUCAAAGUGCAAGUAGAUAAAUAGGUACCGCUCCGGCGGGAAGGUAAACAGCGUUUCCGUGCGCUGUUCUGGCUUUGCCAGAAAUGGCUUAGUCAUGCUGGCCACACGACCCGGAAGCUGUCUGCGGACAAACCCCCUCGGCCAGUAAAGCGAGAUGAGUGCCACAACCCUAGAGUCGUCCACUACUGGACUUAACGGUCAGGGGUCCCUUUACCUUUACCUAAAGUAAAGCAUUAACACUGUUUGGCAAAAGUUAGGCCAACAGAGUCACAGUACAGUGGUACCUUGGUUCUCAAACGUAAUCCGUUCCAGAAGUCUAUUCCAAAACCAAAGCGUUCCAAAACCAAGGUGCACUUUCCCAUAGAAAGUAAUGCAAAAUGGAUUAAUCUGUUCCAGACUUUUAAAAACAACCCCUCAAACAGCAAUUUAACAUGAAUUUUACUAUAUAACAGAGACCAUUGAUCCAUAAAAUGAAAGCAGUAAACAAUGUACAGUACUGCAGUCACACAAUCAGUAGCUGAACUGGGUUCCACACCAUCACAAAAACAAAAAAAGAGCCGCAAAAACAAAACCGCAAAAUAAAUAGCAAAAACAGAUAGACCUCAGCGUAACACUCAAAACAGAAGUGUGGCACUCAAAACGGAGGUGUGAUAUUCAAAUAGGAAGCGUAACCCUCAAAACGGAGCAUGUUUGGCUUCCGGAAAAAGUUCGCAAACCAGAACACUUACUUCUGGGUUUGCAGUGUUUGGGUUCCAAGUUUUUUUAGUACCAAGGUAUUUGAUACCACUGUACACUUAACCAUAAAGUGUAGUGCAGCAAAGAUGACUAGGUAAAUUGCAGGUAGCACUGGAGGAGGCUCUUGGUGGAGCAAGGGGUUGGGACAGCCACGGAUGUUGCCACAGGGUAGUGCAGACAAGAAGCAAAAAAAUCCCCAGAUAGCUCGUAUUUAAUCAAAACGAGCCUUCAGCUAAGAUCUUGUUCACAAGUGCAGUAAUAUUUAUUUUUUCUAAAUCACUUUCAAUUCAAAGACUGUUCAAUAGAUAACAUCAUAGUUGGGCCAUGCCCUCAGGCUUGCUUACACUCUCAACAGAAAUCACUUGACAACUUGCAGGGUCACAGCUCAACUGUCCCACACAGAGUUUCCAUGCCACCUCAAAGACAAAACUUUUAAAUGGAAGCCAUUCAUACAUUCCACAUCAGCACACCAAAGGGUAAAAUAUCAAUUGAUGAGCAUGUGUGAGUUGCCCUAUUUUCCUCAGUAGUGUAAAGCAAGAGAUCAUCAGUUGCUUUUAUCUCAGUGGUUCCUUUGUUUAUUAAGUGUAUUUCUUGGAUGGAUGCCAAACUGCCCCUUUCCCCCCAUCCUUUCAUGUUCCCCUGCCUUAGUGUUGUCAUACUAGUGGCAGAGAAUGAGGCUGAAUGAGGUGGUAAUAUAGUAACACUUCAGCCUGCAAGCGAAUGUUUCUCUAUGUAAACCAAGACACUCUCUGCAAGCAGAAAGCUAGCAAGCAAAACAAGGGGUAGGCUUGAACUCUGUUCCCCGAUCUGUUGGUUUUCUAUCAACAGGGAGGUUUUUAGAUGAAAGAGCUAUACAAAGCAAUGAUCUCCUACCUGCAAUCUGAAGUGGUGCUUCCUCAUUCUGCUCUAUGUGUAGACUAGGGCUGCUCCUCAAGUGAAGCCAUGGUGAUGCCUUUCAUUGCGCCCAUUUUUGUAGACAUCCAUAUACAUGCUUUUGACAUUUUAACAGAGUUCUUCAUUGAGAAAUAAUAGGAAGAUUGGCAUGUACACAUUACCUACAAAAUAAAAAAACUCUGUCUAGCAUAGAUAUAUGCAUUUAUCUAGGGGCAUUAAAGUACGGUUUUCCUUCAGGAAGAAUUUUGCUUUUCCUUCAGUGGCAUCCAGAAUUUAUACAUUUUUACAUGAUUAUUAAUUUCCAUAUAGGAGGAAGUAACAUAGAAGUCUGUCCUGAGAAUUUGUGGCUGCUAUGAGACCGUUGGAGGAAAGCAAUAAAAUGAAUAUGCUAUGUGUAGAAACCAUCUUAGGUCUGCCCCUUAAAUUUCUUAAGAAUGUAUUGUAUCCCUUUAUAUAUUACUGAAGCUUUAGGAAUGAAGGCGUAGGUGAAAUGCUCUCCCCAGGGAGGUUUGCCUGGCACAUUUAUUAUAUACCUUUAGGCACCUCUUCAACCAGGCCUUGGGCUGACUAGCAUCCUGUUAAAUGUGUUGUGAGUGGGAGCAUUGUUUUAUUUUGUUUUGUUCUUGUUUUUUAUGUAUUUUCUGUUUUUAUCUUGUAUUUUUAUGCUGUGAACUACCUUGAGAGAUCUAUGGAUGAAGAGCAACAUACACAUUUUAUAAAUAAUAAUAUAGAAAGUACCCACACUGGGUCCCUUGCCCUCUAGGCUUUGCAAUGUAAAUGGUAGUUAUGCAUACCUGGGAAUCAAAAUGGCGGCUCAGCCUUGUCUGUGGAUUGGAUGUCUUAUUCAUUUGUCAACUAAUAUGAGGAAAUGUCCCUUGCCCCUACUUUUUUCUCUUUCUUAAUAUUACUGAAGUGCAAAACUGCUCUGGAGAUUUAAGUGAAGGUUUCUUGGUGUUGCCAGCCAAUCAUCAUUGUGCAGAGCAAGCUUGAGCUACAGGUAUCUUGAGCAUUCCCUCUUCCCUAAUAGCUGGAAAGGAAAAUUGCAUUUUAAAAAAGUUAUGUCUGUCUUCACCCUUAGUGUAGAUUUUUAAAAUUCAUUCAUCCCAGAACAUUAAAGAAAAUGUUUUCUACAAGUGUGCAGCUGUAGAAGGAGGAGGUACCACUGUUAAUAACACUGUUUGAAACAUUUCCCAUAGCUGUCGAACUAAGCUUUUGCCUUCUGGGAACUUAUUAUUCGUGUGAUUAAAAUCUCAUCUCUUAAGAGUUUCCUCUGCAUUUAAUACCAUUUCCUUGCUACCUAGGGCGGGCACUGCUAUGCAGUUCCAGUGAUGCGAGGAGACUUUCAUUACUCGUUUAAACAAUGGCACUAAAUCCCAUAAAAGGAACAUUUUCUGGUGCAUGCAGCAGUCAGCAAUGGGGUCAUGGAAGCAGCUUAAAAAAUCAAUAGAAGUUGCAGGUUAAAGGGCAUUUUCCAAGCUACUCAUUUCCCCCCUCUUUUUUGCUAGCAGGACUUUGUACACAGCUUUAACAAAUAUAUUGAUCUAGCUAAUUCCAGCCUUGCAUCGCAAAAUUUUGCACUUGCUGCAGCCGCCAUCAUCGCCACAGGUGCUCCCAGUGAUGUGUUACACCUUUUCUUCUGCUGCAGCCUUUGCCACUAAUUAGCACUUUGGCUUGCCUUUGUUUUACUGUUUACUGCCUUUGGAGAUGUGUUGAUCCUCCUCUGAUUAUUUAUUGCAGAACUUCUGUGCCUUUAACAGAUGCAUCAUAGGAAGUAAUCACACAGGAGAAGUUUUCUAAAGCACAGAGCAGGCCAAAUGUCAAAUACCAAAUGCCAUGCAUAUACAGUGGUACCUCGGGUUACAUACGCUUCAGGUUACAUAUGCUUCAGGUUACAGACUCCGCUAACCCAGAAAUAGUACCUCGGGUUAAGAACUUUGCUUCAGGAUGAGAACAGAAAUCAUGCUCAGGUGGCGCGGUGGCAGCAGGAGGCCCCAUUAGCUAAAGUGGUGCUUCAGGUUAAGAACAGUUUCAGGUUAAGAACGGACCUCUGGAACGAAUUAAGUACUUAACCCGAGGUACCACUGUACGCCUCCUGUCUUCUGUCGAAGUAUGCCAAUAACCUGUGCCAAAGUAAAUCUAAAGUGCCUUGGUGAAGCAGGUGGGGGGGCUUUUUGGUGCCGUUGUUGUUGUUGUUGUUGUUGUUUAGUCGUUUCUGACUCUUUGUGACCCCAUGGACCAGAGCACGCCAGGCACUCCUGUCUUCCACUGCCUCCCGCAGUUUGGUCAAACUCAUGUUAGUAGCUUCGAGAACACUGUUCAACCAUCUUGUCUUCUGUCGUCCCCUUCUCCGUAUGCCCUCAAUCUUUCCCAGCAUCAAGGUCUUUUCCAGGGAGUCUUCGCUUCUCAUGAGGUGGCCAAAGUACUGGAGCCUCAGCUUCAGGAUUUUGGUGCCAUAGACUAACACAAAAGCUAUUUGGAUUUCUGUCCUGUAGAGCAACCUCCCCCAACCUGUUGUAGUCCAGAGGAUCUGGAGGGCACCAGGUGGGAGACAGCUAGGCUGUUUUGCUCUUGCUCUUCCCACCAGCAUUGCACUUGAUGGUCAGAGCAAUGUGGCUCUUCUAGAGUCUGGUGGGAAACCACCAUCUUAGAAGAGGUUACUAAUCAUUAUGGCAGGAUUCCUUAAUUGCACUCUCUGAUUCCAAGUUCUAAUGAUUCUGAGAUGGCAAAUGGGAUGAACCCUUUCUUCCUUCUCUGGAGGCUUCAGGAAAGUGGGACGCGCAGUCUUGCGAUAAAUCUUUUAUUAAUAUUUGGAAGGCUGUCAAAGUGCAAUGUGUGCUCAUUCAGUAGUUCCAUAAUUUUGAGUUUUUAAAUAAAGACUAAAAGAUCUACUCCCUGGUAUUAUAGAUCUAGCAUAGCCAAUGUGCGGCCCCAGCCAGCAUAGCCAGUGGUCAGAGAUUAUGGGAGCUGCAGUCCAGCAACAUCUAGAGGAAGGGGCGGACCUUGGUAAUAUGCCGCCCUUUUGUGAGGCCAUUUGACACCCUCCCCCCAGCCCUCAUGGCACCGGCUUAAUCUGGGGUUUGGGAAGAAGGCAUGAGGCUCUGGCAGGGUCCUAGAGCCCUCCUACCUCCUUCCCAAGGCCGCUUGUCUAGUUUUGGGAAGAAGGAUUUUAGGACCCUGUCAGAGCCCUCACACAAGGCUUUGAAAUGCACCUUCCUUGGCUGCAUACCCGGUGUGUCCGCACCACUCACACUACCCUACAUCUGCUUCUGCUGGAAGGCCCCACAUUGGCUGUCCUGUUAUAGAUUGCAUCAGAGGGCCUAGAAACUAAGGCAGUGGGGUGACCUUUGAGAGGAUAUGGCCUUUCUGAUACACAUGUGCAUAUGAUUGUGACAUGUAUGGCUAGGUUAACACAGAGACAUAGCGUGGGAGGGGGCGUGGGGGCCAUGGCCCCGGGUGCAAUUUUGAGAGGAGGCCAGAAGGAGCUGCAGAGCAAUUGAUGAAAAUUUGAUGGAUGUUUGUUCCAAUUCAGCAAUAAAUUGUGGUCUUUCCCAGGGAAAGUAGUGGGACAAAAGAAAAAACCUCUCAGACCUAUGCCUAGAAAUCAUGGGUCAAACAAAACUGUGGAUGAUCCCUGUCAGAAAUGUAAGUAACACAUGUCAGGAAGUCAGCACAAAAAUAAAUGGUUUUGUAGCUGCACCUACAGUUUAGCUGAUUCCUCCAUUUGUAUGGUGGAAUGAGGAGACAAGUUGAAUUUCUCCCAAGAGAUUGCUGUGCCUAGAUUCCGUUGUAAUGGCCCAUCAAACCCAUUGCAAAUUCUUCUCAACUGCUUUCCAUUUUAUUUUGUUGCUUAAAUGAAACUUUAAUGCAGCCCUGAGUCUGGUUACGAAAGCAACUUGCUUUUGAAUACCAUUGGAUGUUAUUCAAAGCAGUGACUGUCUCUGCAGCUGCCGUAUUCUGAGUGCAUGUGCUUUUCUGUUUGGAAUUUGAAUAUACAAAAGCCUAUGGGUGGCCUGCAAAAUCCUGUAGUGCAGGUCAGCUGCUCAAACCAAUAUGUAGAUCUGUCUUAACUUAAGCUCCACAUUUGCUUCCUUCUGUUCCAAGGUUGCUAUGUGAGGGAUUGCAAUGGUGAACUCUCAGAGCCCACAUGACACCUUCUCUAUGGACUCAUUUCAGUUUUCCAGCAAUAAAUUUGGCAGCGUAGAGAGCGUCCCGGAACACACAACCCCCCCCACACACACAUUGCCAUCUCUGCAACAAGCUAUCUGCGCAAAACCUUCAGGGGACCAGCAUGGACCUCAGCACUGAUGCCUCCAUGUUUUUUGAUUAUGGACAUUGGAUGUGUAUUAUAGUUCAAGAUUUUAAAUAUGUUUUAGCCCACCCUUCCUCACAAAAUGAUCCCUGGGUAGGGUACAAAUCCUCACUUGGACAUGAAGCAGCCUCUCAGCCAAACCCGCCUCACAAGGUUGCUGAGGGGAUUAAAUGGGGGGGGGGGGACCAGCUCCUUGGAGAAAAAGCUGGGAUAUAAACACAAUAAUUAAAUAGAAAUCUGAUGUGCAGUUGUAAUGGGGAUCUGCCAAGGGUGAAAUAGACCAUCACUCAAACUCUUAAGGGGCAAAGUAGUGUUGUGAAAAAAAUAUUGCAAAGACACUUACGGCUUUGUUCACACUUCUGUGCAUCCCAUGCCUAAAAGCAGUGGGGGUUGAGUGGUUUUCCAUUUGCCGCAUUGCUUUCCCCAAGAAAACCCACUGUUUACUGCUGAAUCCACAGAAGAAGAAGACGAAGACGAAGAAGAAAACAAUUGACAUUUGUUCCAAUUCAGCAGUGAACAGCCGAUUUUCCCAGGGGAUAGCAGGCAGGAGAAGUGGAAGUGUGAACAAUCCCUAAAUCCUUGAGACAUACCCACCCACAUCCAGGGGAAAUGGAAAUCCUGUUUGAGGAAGGGCCAUAGCUCAGUGGUGGAGCAUCUGCCUUGGUACACUUAUGAACAUUUAACAUAUAACUAAGACCUCAAAAUUCCUAUCACACAUGCAAGUUAUCCCAGGUUCAGUCCCCAGCAUCUCCAGGUGGGACUGGAAGAGAACCCUGCCUGAAACCCUGGAGAAAUCACUGCCAGUCGAUGGAGACAAUAUGGAGCUAAGUGGACCAUUGGCUUGUCUCGGGACUCAUCCACACUUCACUAGGCCUGCACCUAGAGAGCACAGGUCUGAGAGGUUUCCCACUUGUCCCCUGCUUUCUAGGCAUGAGCCUGAGCAGUUUUCUGUUUGCCCUACCACUCUGUAUCAUGGAAUCAGAGCAAACAUCAAUCCACAGAAAAGUCGAUUGACGUUUGCUCCAAUUCAGCAGUAAAGAGUAGGUUUUCCUGAGGGACAGGACAAGUGGGUGUGUGGAUGAGCCCUUGGUAUAAGGCAGCUUGCUGUGUUCCUAGCUUGCUGUGUUCUUGUCCUCCUGCCCUUGGGAAAGUGGGGGUUGGGUAAGAAUAGUUUUCAGUGCAAGGGAGUGUCCGCAUAAUGGAAUGUAGGUGAGUGGGAGGACAAUGAAGCCUCCUCUACUAGACAGCAUGUACCGAGUGUCUCAUAAAGUAAAUUGUUUGCACUGAGUUUCCACUGUUUACUCCUGCAUUGAGUGCAUGCCCAGAAGAUCUUUGCCCGCCUGCAUGAGGGCUUGGAAGAGGCAGCCUGUCUCUGCUGGAAGCCGUGGUUCUGGUCACUUUUUAGGCUUAUUACGAGUGGGUGGUGAAAGAGACGAGAUGAUGUCCUCGCCGUGCCUUGGACUCACCCUUCUUCACAAACUCUGCAGCCAGCAAGCUGCAUUUGUUGCAUCACAAUAAAGCAGAGCAUCACAUCCCUUGAACAAUGACUCGGUCCGUCUCUUCUGUGUGGAGACUGUGUCACCAGGAACUGUGGGGCUCUUACGUGAUUGCUCAACUGCAGCUGUGUGUGUGUGUGUGUGUGUGUGUGUGUGUGUGUGUUACUGAGAAGGCUAGAAGACAAGAGGGUUUAGAAAUCUCACUGGGGAGAGAGGUUAAAAAAAAAGCACUACAAGCGAUGUUAAUGGUUUUGGGAGGAAAUGCUAUUCAUUGUUAUAGUAUAGAACUCCUCUCUCUCUCUCUCUCUCUCUCUCUCUCUCUCUCUCUCUCUCUCUCUCUCUCUCUCUCUCUCUCUCUCUUACACACACACACACACACACACACACCUGGGGACCACCCAGUCCAGAUCUGACCUCAAAUCAAUUUGCAGGCAGGGCUAAACCCUACUGAACAUCUGGAUGGGGAAGGAGAUUGUGUGUCUCCUCCCCCACCCCUAAGGAGAGCCGAAGUGUUCAGUCCUGUGGAGGUGCUGCUUCACAGGCUAAGGAACACCCUGCACCCCACAGGAUCGAAUCCUCCGCUCACUAGCUGGUGAGCGGAGGAUUCACUCCUUCUGGGGUCUGCUUCCUUUCCUGCCCAUGACAGAAUAAGAUCCACAAGUAGCUACUAAGCCUCUAAAACCCUUUUGUCGUUCCCAUCCCUUGUAAUAUGUGAACUGAAAACCUGAUAACAAAAGAACUUUCCUGGGGGAAAUGAACUGAUUGCCUAAAUGCUACAAUGCGCCUCACUACUGAGGUUUGUUCCUACCGUCACUGAAAAGGUUGUGUAAAACCGACUUUACCUUUGGACUUGUACAUGCGGGCGAAGGCGGUUUUACACAUACCUAUGCAGAGCAACUCUUUGUAGUAGCUGCAGCACUUUUAAGUAACGUACCAGGAAAAAAGCAACUGCUUCUGAGUAGCUUGUUACUUGAAGCAGGUUACAGGAAGUUAGUUAGUCAGACUGUGCACUGAAUCUCUUGAUGCCAAUAUCCUGAGUACCGUGAUGCAGCAUUUUUAUGCCUGCCAGUACACUUAAAUGCUUACAGGCUUAAAUUUACUCUUUUAUCAUUAUGAUCAAAGAACUGUACAGCUUUGAUUUGUACAAUUUAAAAGUUACUAUUUUCACAUUUGUCAUUGGAGCGUUCUGCCCUUUUCUACAGGGUCUCAGAGCUUGCAUGCACAUUGUUGUUUCUGUGGAGUUGUGCGUGGUAACCUUAAAAGCCCUCUCUGCAUCAACAGGAGGAGUCUGAAUUGUGCAUCUUAUGGGGCUCCGCUCCCCCUUUAUUCUCUCCCAGGGUGGCCCUGCCCUCUGCCUGCCCCUCAGAGUCAGUGCAUGAAAAUGAGUCCCUCCUGUUCCUGUCCAGUUUCAUUCUCUAUUCCACCUGCACCCGCUUAGUGUGCCCCAGCCAUCCAUUUGAACAGCAGACACAGCAGACAGAGAGGUGCAACAGGAGUCAAACUCCACAGAGAUGGAGGUUUUAAGUAGCUCCAGCUUGCUACAUUGAUGGCUCCUUGCUCCCUGGCUGCACAGUAAACAGCAAGAGAGAAUGCAGAAGGGUGAUCUUUCAGGUUGGAAGCCUGGUGAGAUCUGAUCUUUCCUUUCCCCCCUUUUUUAAAAAGAAAGAUGAGUAAAGUAAAUGGUGAAGGAAACUGGUUUACUUCAGGUAUUGCUUUAAUUGAAUAGUUUUUGUCAAACAGGAAACCAUGUGGGCAUCUAACUUCAAGGGAAGCUAUUCUGAAUCAGAUCUUUGGGUUGUUUUGUCAAUAGCAGGUUGCUUGCUUGCUUGCUUGCUUGCUUUAUUUAUUUCUUUAUUUAUUUAUUUGUACCUAUUGUGUGGCACAGUGGAACACAUGUAAUGAAGUGUCUGAGGCGCAUUGCAUCUGAGGAUUUGUGGGUGUUUUAUCAGUCAGCGGUAGGAAUGAUUUAGCCAUGUGAAGAUGUUGAUGUUUUUGUUGGAGGGCUUCUGGGGUUUUUUGUUUGUUUGUUUGUUUGUUUCCUGACAUGAUCACCUUGAUCAGUUGAAAUGUUUGUUGAUCUUCCGUGAUACUGCUGUAGUUUGGCCAAAUCAGAGCCGUAGGUUUCACCACUGACGCUGCUUUUUUAAAAAAAUAAUCCUUUGUGUUGGGCGAGCGGGUGCCGCGGCUUGAGUGAAAUGGCCUUGCAGGCCAAAUUAGGAUUCCCGCAGAGCCAAAUUGCGCCUGCCAGCUGGAGGUUUUGCAUGCCUCCCAUAUAGACUGGUCUCCCUGCUGGCAACACAAAUGUACCAGACACUGGAGAAACCUCCAGUGUGAAGGCUGUACAACAAGUCUGCAGUUGAAGUAACUGCUGUGUGACUAGCCUAUGCCUGCCACAAAAACCAAUGGAGGGUAUCUGAUACCUGCUAUUUCUUCCUCCUACCAUGGCGAUAACUGCCAUGCCCUCUCCACCUGAAGUUCAGUUCAGCCAUAAACUCAUUCAGUAGCUGUCUGUCUCAGCCUCGGCUGCCCGUCUGCAGUUAUGAGCAUAGCAAUACUUCUGGGCCAAAUUACAGGGCUGUUGUAAAGAUUCCUGGUGCGUGUGAAGCGCUCUAAAGCUCUAUAUAAAUGCUAGAUGUUAUUAUCAUUACAAAAUGCUGUGGGGUCUGUAUCCACUCACCUUGAUCUAAAUUAUGAAUUGACCUAAUUUGACUGAUUGAUCAAAUGUGUCUUUUCCUCACACCUGAGACAGUCCUUAAGUGAAAUCAUCAACUGAGCGUUAAAAACAAAGUAAUAUUUUGUAAAUAUGCUUAUCCCUGUGUAUGCCCUGGCAUAUUUUUCUUUCUCUCUAAGAAUAAUAAUAAUAAUAAUAAUAAUAAUAAUAAAUUUAUUAUUUAUAUCUGUCCAUCUUGCUGGGUUUCCCCAGCCACUCUGGGCGGCUUCCAACAAAACACUAAAAUACAAUAACUUAUUAAACAUUAAAAGCUUCCCUAAACAGGGCUGCCUUCAGAUGUCUUCUAAAAGUUUGGUAGUUAUUUUUCUCUUUGACAUCUGGUGGGAGGGCGUUCCACAGGGUGGGUGCCACUACCAAGAAGGCCCUGUGCCUGGUUCCCUGUAACUUGGCUUCUCACAGCAAGUCAACCGCCAGAAGGCCCUCGGCGCUGGAUUAGUUGUAGUUUCCGGGUCAGCUUCAAAGGUAGCCCCACACAGAGCACAUUGCAGUAGUCCAAGCAAGAGAUAACUAGAGCAUGCACCACUCUGGCGAGACAGUCUGCGGGCAGGUAGGGUCUCAGCCUGAGUACCAGAUGGAGCUGAUAAACAGCUGCCCUGUCCCCCAAAAACUGUACUUCUGUCUUGUCAGGAUUCAACCUCAAUCUGUUAGCCGCCAUCCAUCCUAACUACUAGUUGUUAGUUUUGGCUAGGAUGAGUUUACACCGAGAAAGAUUCUAUUAGGAUAGAGGGGCAGUUUGUUUCUCUGCCUAAAGUGCCCCUGCAUUCCUCCAUUGUAGCUGAAGGGCAUGUGAUCAACUUCUCCCUCUCUAUCAUCUAUUGGAAGCACAAAGAGAACUCAUCUUUUCCACCAUCGUAAGGCACCGCUUCCUUCUAAACAACUUAGUCUUUAGGGCUCGACUGCUCCCAGCUGCCCCCCUCUCAUGCCUGCUGCACACAGAGGUCUCUGCUUUGCAGAGCUGCAGAACCGCCCAGCAGGGUCCUUGAAAUUGCUCUUGGCAGCAGAGCCUGGCUCCCUGCCAACAACCCAGUCUCUCUGGGAGUGCGCUCUUAGGUGAAACUGCCAAGGGGGGGGGUGGUGUUUUAUUUCCAUUUGGAUCUGUGAUGAUGUAAAGGGAUUUCUUUGUCAUUGGCAAUUUCUGUCUGCUUUAAGCAAGUCGCUUCCUGGAACCACAUUGUUUGUUAGCUUGGGUAGAUUACACUGGUCAACAACAAAUUUGUUUUCUGUGUUUUUUCAGUUGAUUUAGGACGAAUCUGAUGCGCUGAAUCCAAAAAUCACAUUGGUUUUGCUCAAUCAGGUCAAGUUUUUGAGCUAUGGCCACAUGUCGUUUUUUACGUUUUUGUUCACAUGUACGCUUGUGUGGAGCAUUUUAGAAGAAGUUGGUGGGGGUAAAAUGCCAUGUCGAAUAAUUGUUUUGAUUGGAAAUGAUUAUUUUAAUGACAAGAAGUAUUCAGGUCCGAUAGUUCUGGGUGAUUAUGUUGAAAAGGGAUCAGUUUGAAGUCAUAAAACCUCGAAAUCUUCCAUAAAUUGGUGCGGCAAAGCAUAAAGUUGGGGGAUCAAAACUAAAUUAAUCCUGAUCUUCAAUCAGCACGUCAUCCUGUAGCUCAUUGUGAUGAAAUUCCAGUGCCUAUCUUCGGAGAACUUCCUGACAUUAGUGACGAAGAUGCCUCCAGUGUUGAAGGACAUGAAGAAGAAGAAGUGGUUCUUGAAGAUGAUGCUCCACAUCCAUUUUCCCAAAAGGAGUUGAAUGAUCUAGUUCACGACCUCAGCUUGUCAAAGGACUCUGCCGAACUGUUGGCAUCCAGAUUGAAGGAAAAAACCUCCUCUCUGACAGUGCUCGCAUCAGCUUCUUCCGCAACAGGCAUCAAGAGUACCUCCGUUUUUUCUCAGAAGAGAAGGACUUGGUGUACUGUGCAGAUAUUGUGCAGCUUCUGCUCAAGCUUGGAGUGCCACAGUACGAACCCAAAGAUUGGAGACUGUUCAUUGACAGCAGCAAGCGAUCACUGAAAUGUGUUCUGCUACACAACGGCAACCAGUUUGCCUCUAUAUCCCUGGCUCACUCGAGUACACUGAAGGAGAACUAUGAAGCGGUGAAGUAUGUGCUGGAGAAAAUUGGUUAUGAUCAGCAUAAGUGGUUUAUUUGUGUUGACCUGAAGAUGGUGAACUUUUUGUUGGGACAACAGUCUGGCUUCACCAAGUACCCAUGUUUUCUGUGCAUGUGGGAUAGUAGGGACCGUGCUCAGCAUUACACGAAGAAGGACUGGCCUGUGCGGGAGGAAUUGGUGCCUUGCAAAGAAAGGAACGUCAUCAACGACCCUCUGGUGGACAGAGACAGAAUACUCUUCCCACCGCUGCACAUCAAGCUCGGCUUAAUCAAGCAGUUCACCAAGGCUCUGGACAAGGAUGGUGACUGCUUCACUUACUUGUGCCAGGCUUUUCCAGGAUUGAUCAUGGAGAAGUUGAAAGCUGGCAUCUUUGACGGUCCUCAGAUCCGUCAGCUCAUCAGAGAUCCAGAGUUCGGAAACUCGAUGAACGAAGUGGAACUGGAAGCGUGGAAGGCAUUUGUUCUGGUAGUGAAGAACUUUCUUGGCAACAAUAAGGCCAGAAACUACGCAGAACUUGUCAACAACAUGCUGACUGCUUUCAGAAACCUGGGCUGCAACAUGAGCGUCAAGAUGCACUACCUAUUUUCACAUAUGGACCGGUUUCCUGAGAAGCUGGGUUCAAUGAGUGACGAGCAGGGGGAGAGAUUCCAUCAGGACAUGAAAGAGAUGGAGACCAGGUAUCAGGGUUGCUGGGACGCAGUCAUGAUGGCUGACUACUGUUGGACUCUGAAGAGAGACCUCCCUGCCGCUGAGCAUUCCAGGAGUUCCAAGAAACGGAAGUUCAAGCCCUGAAGUCUGAAAAAUGGUGAAGCAACAUGCAAUUUACGUGUACUUACCUUUAUCAAUGCCCACCAUUCAGUUUACAGUAAACCUGACCUGAUGGAGAGAAACGGAUGCCAUUUCCUGAUUCAGCAGUGCAAAAAUACCCUAAAUCAGUUGUAGAAAUCUAGACAACAUUCAAAAAGUAAAAAAUUGUUGCCCAGUGUUAUUGUUCAAAAAAAGCCAGGAGGUAUUAAGGCUUAUCCUACGCAGAGUGCUGCAUCGUAUUUUAUUGCAACCCCUUACUUCUGCUAAUAGUUUUGUAUAUAUUCCUCGGAAUGGGAAAUCCACCCGUGGCAAAGAUGCAAUAGUGGGUGUGACAAAUAAGGUUACCGGCAAAGGUAAAAGAAGUAUUACUGCACUGUUAAAAGUAAAUGUUCCAGAUCUCUCCUGAAUAUUUAUCCCAUACAUAGGGAGCGGAGAAAGAAGCAGUACAAUGUGAUCAUUUAGCAAAGGGCCAUGGGUCAGUGGUAAGAGGGGUUCGAGAGGUCCGGGGGGUGGCAACAUGAGAACAGGCCUUCUCUGCAGUGGCUCCCCAUUUGUGGAAUGCUCUCCCCAGGAAAGUUUGCCUGGCGCCUUCAUUAUACACCUUUAGGUGCCAGGCAAAAACAUUCCUUUUUAACCAGCCCUUUGGUUGAUCCGAUUUACAUCCUAUGCCCUUUUAAAAUGUGUUUUUUUGGGGGGGCAGUUGUUGUUGUUUUUAUUAGGUAUUUUGUGGUUUUACAUCUUGAUUUUAUUCUGUGAAUCGCCCUGAGACCCCAGGGUAUACGGCGGUAUAUAAAUUCUAAUGAUAGUAAUAGUAAUAGUAGCAGCAGCAUCUGCUUUACAUGUGAAAGGUCCUGGGUUCAUUUUACAGCAUUUGCCAGUCGGACAGGGGGAAAUCCCCUUUCUAAAAGCCUAGGGAGCCACAGCCAGUCAGUGUAUACAGUUGCACGCCAUCCCAAUCUCUGAACGGUGUGAGAUUCCAGGGGUUCCAGGUGCUUACCCAAUGUUCGGUUUCCUUGGAAUGAGGAACAGUGGAGACCGUGGUGUCUUUAUGAUAUACAGUUUAUUUACACAUAUAUACAAUAAGAUGGAGGGGCUCGCAGCAUUAACACCCCAGAAGGUCUUGCUUCUCCAAUAGCCACAGCUUUGGAUCCCAGCAGAAAUCAGGCAUGGCUCUGCCUCUCAUCUGCCCAGCCUGCUUUUUGUCUUUCUUUUUGUCUUUUACUUUUUGUCUCUUGCCUUUUGUCUUUCUAAUAGACAGUUGAGGCACGGAGCCACUUCUGUUGUUGCCAUACUUUGGGACCAAUUCUUUUGGAGCCAUUAUGGCCCUUGCCUGGCUCUCUACUCUCUGCAUGUUUAUCUGGUGUGUGAAAGGGCUGUACUGUAUGCAAGUAUAGCAAGAGUGUGUACCUGCUGUGUCAACAGCAUGGUGUGGCCUCACAUCUCCCCCCCCCUUAAAAAAAAAGAUCUUUCAGUUCAUUGCGGCGGGUGUUCAGUACACUGCCUUGGUAUUUCUUAUAAAUGAAAGGUAGUGUAGACAUGCUUUUAAUAAAUGCAAAUAAAUAGCUACCUGCCCACCUGCCGGCAACGGAGAGCUGGACUUGUGCUUUGAAAGUGAAUAGCAGUUUGAUAUACUGGCUGUUGGUCUCUCGUAAUAUGACAUGGAGCAAUAGUUUUUGAUAGUCUGAUGUUUCAGCUGUGCCUCUACUUAUGCUCAGCCUGUAUAUUUGCAAAUAAAUGCAAAUUUUACAAAACACCAAUAAGCUUCGGUUAACCUCCUUUCCAGUCCUCUGUUUUACCUUUCUUUGUGGUUUCUGGGAAGGAGCAAGAGCUUUCUCCAUCUUCCUCAGACUAGGUGGCUGCAUUUCCUGUAACUGAAAUUUGGUCCGCCCAUUCACAUACAGUACCUUCCAGUUUUUCACAGAUACAGCAGAUGCUUAUUUGUGCAUAUAAGGAUGAUUCUCACACUGAGGACCACUGCCUAAAAGGUGGGCAAGGGGAGCACACAAACACAAACACAAACAUUUUCUGACUCAUUUACUCUGCGAUUGCUGCUGCUGCUGAAACAGGAUGUGUUCAUAAACUGACCACAACUGUUUUCUUUUUUCUUCUUUUUCCUUUUUUGAGCUUCAGACUCAUUCCCUCUAUUUCUGGUCUUCAGUCUGGAAGUUCCAUUGCUCAAAAUGGCACCACCCACAGACAAGAGGGAGGUAUGGGCAGACCUGGGGGAACUCCAAGUUUACCAAGUAGAACAAAUAUUUAGAGGGGAGAUUAAGGGUAGGGGGACCAGACCAAUGUGGACUGUGCAUGCUCAAUGGCUGCAGCACACUGAGUGUGUGGGAGCAGAGAGGAAAAUGGGGGCAAGGAGAAUGGAAUCGAGUGACUGGAAUCCUGGACAGCAGCAUUCCACUCUAUAAAAUUUUGCUACAGGUUUCACUUGUGUUUAACCAAAUUUUCAGCCUUACCUCAGAUCAGACUGUUUUGGGAUGUGUGUGUGUUUAAUAUCUGCAACAUGUUCAGCAAUAUUUACUAACUGUUUGGGUUGUUCAAUAAGGAGAGGAUUCGAAGGGAUGCAGGGCAUCCUUAAGAAUUUUAGCAAACAUGUGGGCAAGCAGUUUAAAAGUGUUCCCAGCAUCUCACAAAAAGACAAACUAUCACCACAAUGAAAAUAGUGUUUUUACCAAGGACAGACAGGUCCCAGAAAAUAGUACCUACUAACUAGGGACAAUUGGAAUGCAUGAAUGCCUGGGAAAUGAAGAUGCCUUUUCAGCUUUCUAACUAUUUUUGGAUGGUCUCAGUUUGAUUGUAUUGACCUGAAUCUUUGAGCAAAGAGUCCCCUUCCGCCUGAGCGUUCUUGGAAGGAAAGGGCCUUGCUGAAAGCGGGAGAAGGGAUCCGUUGUGACUGAUGGAGCUGCAUCUCAGUGAUGGGUUUUGACUGCCAGCCCCACUUAAAGGGACUGCUUGUGUUUGCCUUGCUAGGCUCCUGUGCGGGCCUUUGUUGGUGGAGUAGUUAAGUGAAAGGCAGCUCACACACUCUGAAUGAGCCACUCAUUCUGCCUGUGAAGUCUGAGGACCUUUUCAGAGGUUUGGCAAAGGCAGAGCUUGUAAGCAACAUAUUGACAGCAUCUCGUCUGCAGCUUUCCAUGGUGAGGGUUCCCUGAAAGAUAGCAUAACUUGCACCUUUGGGGUGUCACUGUCUCUUUUACAAUACAGUAGAGCAGUGUCUCAGUGUAGAGUUUGAGAGGACCUUAGUGCAGUGUGACAAACACUGGCACAUUGUUAGAAAGAAUAUUAGUGGAGUGUUACAAAUAAUAGUGUUUUGAGAGAAUUCAGGACUGCAACCAAGAUAUUCUGGGUGGCAUUCGGAACAAACCAGAUGGGUGGUAUUCAAUGCCACUCUCUUGCAGUUGUUCCAUUUUCACAAGCAUUGCAGCUUGCCAGAUGGAGCGAUCCCCCCUCUGUCCCUCUUGUGCUGUUCCAGGGGUUCUCCCAACCCACCCCAUUUUUGAGGGAAUGGGGGGUGCACAGGGAGGGGGUAACCCUGUUGCUCAAGCAGAAGUCCUUGUGCAGGGCUUCCACUGAUUGGACUGUUUAGGUUAAUCCCGCCCAUCAAAAUUAACGAACAUGACUUAGGGUGAUUAAUUUCAGUGGGUCUACUCUAAGGAAAACUUAGUUGAAUACCACCCACUGUUCCUAUAUACGCAAGUGAAUUGGGAUUUUAUUCAGACUGUUUUGGGGAGUUCAGUAAUCUGUAGCAUCAUAGGGGCAUAAUAGAAGUCUUGCCUUGAGGCAGCAGAAAGGAUAAGUCCUCAAAAGCAGAGCUCUGCCCAGACAGUCCAGCAAGACUACAUCUGAUUCAGAAAUAUGUGGCUCAGUCACAACAGUUGUCCUGUUGGGUAUUCAUUUUUGUAGAGAAGGAGGGCACCUCCAUUUUGUGUAUCUUUGAGAAGCCUUUGCUAUGUCUCAGAAUAGCCUCCACCAAAGAGGGUUCCUGUAACUACUACAGAACUAUGCUUCUGCUGAAAAAAGAGGCCGCCAGAGGAUGACACUCUUCCCUCACACGAAUGAGGUUCAACUAUACUACAGUGCAAAUGAGUACAGAGUUGUGAGGCGGGUGUCCCUCAGCUGCAGCUGCAAAUCGCACAGCAACACAAAGCUCUGUGUUGUGUGGCCUUGCAAAAGUGCUGGCUAUUGUCUCUUUCUCUCUUCCAUGGAGGAAAACAGGGUUGCUUCCUCAGCCUGCACCCUGGCCUCCUCUCUCUUCAGCUUCGAUGGAGGAGGCAUACUCUUUCUUUCUUUCUUUCUUUCUCUCUCUCUCUCUCUCUCUCUCCCCCCCCCCCUCGACUUUGUGAUUGUUUGAGGACUUGAACUUCCCUAGCAAAGAGAUUGCCUUCCCUCCACACUGUAUGUUUCGGUAGACAUUUUCUCCCUCUUAAAGGAGCGAUUGACAACUGACUGGCCAGCUGACACCAAAACUCUGGAUUGAAGGGAAGCCAUUGCCCCCAUAGUUAGAGAAAUCAUCCGGAAUUACUCUGGCCUGAAAUAAAUUAUAUUCUAGGGUUAGUACCUGUCUUUUAGGUAAUGUGUUUGUGGGUUUGCCAUUCUGGUGAUGAACUAGAGCAGUUAAGUGUUUGGUAACAUCACUUAGUUCAAGAUGAGGUGACUUAGCUUUUGGUUCUUUGUCCAAGGAAAAAGAGCUUUUCUUGAAAGCAACAUGAAUGGGAUAUUUAUAAAGCAAUGGGCUGAUUUAAACAUUUUGGAAACAGCUUACAAGCAUCAUGCAGAGAGACAAUCAUCUCAUGUUCCAUAGCUAGAGAAAAUGCAACUCCUCACUAAAUGGAUGUCAAAAUAUGAGUGCAUGUAAAGGAACUGUCAGCUUAUUUUCUAUGUGUAGCCUAGGGAUGUGUACAAACAUAUAUGCAUGCAAAUCAGAACUUACCACAAUUCUUUCUUUGACAUCUCAUGCCUGGAUUCCUGCUUCUAAGGUGGCAAAUUUAACAGGCCUACUGGCCAACAACACUGAUUUAUUUGUCUGCCUUGCCCUUCCUGUGCCAUGCUUCAGCUGGGUUGUUCAAUUUAUUUAUUUUUUAAAGCAAUGUGGAUACAUUUAUUGAAUUAAAUGUACUUUCCCCAUGUUUUUUUAAAAAAACAAAAACAAAUCAUAGAAUCAUUUUUACAUGUUUGAAUGCUGCUUUAGGAAUAAGGAGGGAGUGGGCUAGUGAUGUCACCAGUUUUUAACCAAUCGGUAUUGUGCACAGCCAGCUUCUGCCAUAAACACACACAACUAGUUUCCCCUGAGUUCAGUUAAUGAGAAAAGUUUAGAUUCUAAAUGGAAAAAAGCAAACAAACCAGAGAGCAUUUCUGAGGUUAUACAUCAAAAUGUCUGUAUUCCUCCUUGUUAGUACAGGGAUGUUAAUAGUUUUGGACAGAGACAAAUGUGUGUAAAUGCCAGUAGCAAUCUUUAUACUGUAAUGUAGCAUGUGAAUUUGGAAUCAUCUGCUCUGGGAGUUUCCAAGGAGAAAUAAGCAGUUGUUUGCAGAUUUUCUGUGCUCAGCAAUCCUUCCUUUAGCUAUUAACCUUUUGAAUUUUGUUUUGCUUUUCCAGUUGGCAGGCUCAGCUGUCGUCGCGUUUGGGCUAUGGCUGCGGUUUGGAAACGUAUUAAGAGAUUUAGCGACUGACAAGGCCUCUCCAGAAUACAUUUACAUGGGUAAGUUCUGUGUAAAUACUGACUGUGUAAAGAUAAGUUUUCUGCAACCUUCAGCCCAAGAAACUGGGUACCUGAAUAGCAUAUUCUUCUACGACACACUAGUGGCACCGUCUGACAGUUCAUUCGUUCUCUCUCUCUCUCUCUCUCUCUCUCUCUCUCUCUCUCCUCUUAGUGCCCACAUUUACAUCCUGCUCUUGCUGAGCAGCAGUAGGGACAGAAGAGGGAAAGGCUGGGAAUGUUGGCUCUUUAGGGUUAAGAAACACACAUCUGUGCAAUGUCAAACACACAGCAUAGUAGAAACAACGUUUAUGAUCACAGGGGUUUUCUAUGCUAGCAAUCCCUUGCUGGCAGAAAAAAAAAUCUAAAUUAUAUUACUGUAAGUACUGCAACUUAAAGGUAAAGGGGCCCCUGAUCAUUAGGUCCAGUUGUGACUGACUCUAGGGUUGCGGCGCUCAUCUCGCUUUACUGGCCGAGCGAGCCGGUGUACAGCUUCCGGGUCAUGUGGCCAGCAUGACUAAGCUGCUUCUGGUGAACCAGAGCAGCGCACGGAAAUGCCGUUUACCUUCCUGCCGGAGCAGUACCUAUUUAUCUACUUGCACUUUGACGUGCUUUCGAACUGCUAGGUUGGCAGGAGCAGGGACCGAGCAACGGGAGCUCACCCCGUGGCGGGGAUUCGAACCGCCGACCUUCUGAUCGGCAAGUCCUAGUUUCUGUGGUUUAACCCACAGCGCCACCCAUGUCCCCCAAGUACUGCAACUUAGACAUUUUGCAAAUGUUUGCUCCAAGCUCUGUGAUGUUAAUUGUAAAGGGACCCAUGGUAUUUCUUUUUUUUUAAUGUAUUUUUAUUAAAUAUUUUCUUGAUUUCAACUCUUCUCACUGCUGCCCCCCUCCCCACCACCACCUGAGGAAUAGAGGCUGUAGCCUGAAGUGGAACACCAGUGCAUGAGGAGAAGGGCUUCUUAACCCUUUCCCUUCACACAAUUUUUCGAUUGAACCUCCCACUGUGCCCCCUCAGCUGCUUUUACCCCACAAAAUAGAAAAUAUAGGGGCACUCAAUGUGUUUUUUUAUAUGCCUAUAGCUUUCUCUUAGGACAGGGUGCAGAACUUUUCUCUGCAAGGGCCACUCUCCCUUUCAGCAAUUUGUCAGGGGCCACACAUCAGCACUGGGUGGACCUGAAGCCAGUGGUAGGCGGAGCCAAAGCUAAAAGUGGGCAGCCACCCACCUUCGCCACUCACUUCCUGCCAUCUCCUUUUCUCUCCCAUGCCCAUCUGCCUGCCUGCCUAGUGGCCUGCUGAGGAACUGAGAGAGAUCUCUCCAUUGCUGACAGGGUGUUUUUUCACUUCUUCAUUUUCCAUUGCUCCUUACUUUGUCAGAUUUCCCCUCCCAUUUUCCCCACAUGAAAUUAGGCUGUGUAAAAUUAGGUCCUCAGUUUCUUACCGCAUUUUAGGAUUAGCCAAAGGUCAGACUCGGGAGGAAUGAACUGUUAUCUUUCUCCUCACCCCAUUUGUAGCAGAUGCUGACUAUGGGCUUAUCCCCACCUCUGUUCAACUCUCCACUUCCCCCCAGGAAAACCCGUGCUUUAGCACUGAAUCAGAACAAUGGGCAAUUGGGUUUUCUGCAGAUUGCUGUUUGUUCCAGUUUAGUCCCAAAGAGCUGGUUUUCUAGGUAGAAAAGGCAGCACAAAGGCAAAACCUCUCGGACCCAUGCCUAGAAAGUGGGGGACAAGCAGAAAACCACUUGGGCCUCUGUUUUCUAGAAUAAGCAGAAGUGUGGGGCGAUUCCUAAGUUGAGCUCUGUUUGACUGAGCCGAGUCUGAGAUAGGGAGGACCUGUUGGAGUUUUUUAAACUUUUAAACAGUUGAUUAAUUUUUCUAUUAAAAAAAACCCACAAAUAACUUUAAGGAAAAGAAUGUCCCUGCUGUGUUGAAGCCAAUAAAAGAUGGGCAGCUUUUUGAACAGAGCAGGAGGGGAAAGACAAGCUAGUAAACUGCCAUUCAGUUUGCUAAUUAGCAUAUCCACCCAAUGGGUUGCCAAGGCAAGGGGAAUCCAUGCAGAGACCCCGUGUCUUACAUUGUGGAUUUGAAUGUGAAGUGAUCCACAUGAGUAACAUCCAGAAAGCACAGUCACAAUACGUGGGCUGUGCCAAAAAGGCAUUUGAAUCCAGUUAUUUUAGGGUUUUUUCCAUUUGAUGUGGAUCUUGUGACAAAAUUUUAUUGUUCACGCUUGUUUCAUCCUUAUCCAGUCCCACAUGUGUAGGAAGGAAGGAAAGCACAAGCUUGCUUGCCUGGCUGGCUGUGUUAACUGUCAGGGCAAGAGAAAUACUGGCAAAGCUGAACUUGUGACAAGGCUGAAGUAUCACAGAGCCUCUGUUAUUCCUCCCGAGGGCUGACAUCUCUCCAGAGAGCUUUAAGUGUAUCUCACAGAGUGAGGAGCUGGCCCAGAGCCCGGUGUUUCAAGCACAAAGAACCAUCAGACCUGAAGAAGCACACAAGCCAGAAUGUAGAGUGAUUGGCACCCAUUUUGUAUCCCCUUGGGGCUACAAUUGUUCAGCAAGGUUUUAGUCAAAGGGGGAAAUAAGAACUGGAUUCAUUAGAAAAUCUUUCUUCAUGGAACUGUUAAUUCAUCCAAGAAUCAAAAUGCCUUCCAAGCUGGACUGUUAAUGCAGUCAACAGGAGAGGCCCUGCUUGUGGUUCCACUGGUGGUGGCGGUGAGGUUUGUUGCACAUGACAGGGCAUUCUUGGUGUUGGCACCUUACCUGUGAAAUCAGGUUGUCCCCACUCUAGUUCAACAACACAAUUUGAAAACUUGAAUGACUGGUGUUGUGACAGUAUUAUCUGCUGCUAUUGUUAUUGAUGAGUAUUUAUUUGGUGUUUUGAUGCAUUGUUUUAUGUUGUUAGCCACCCUGUGCUCUUGUUUUGGGAGUAAGUAUGGGAAAUAAAAAUGACAAUCUGAGAAAUGCACAAAUUAAUGUAGGGCUCCUUUUCACCAGGUAGGGGGGAGGCGGGGCACAUUGAUGCACGGGGCACAUUGAUAUACCAACAAUAUUUCAAUAUCGAGAAAUGUUAUUUGUGUCGUGACAUCACUAAAACGUGUCUAUACAUGUGUGAGUACAACAGUUGCGACUGUGCCACCCGUUAGCCGUUGGCGUUUGACGAGGGUAGGUGUGUUUUUAGCACGGCUAGCUAAAAAAAUUACGUGAAAUGUGAAAGUGUUCCAACACUGUUUUACGUCAUUUACGUAGUUAAGAUUUUAAAAUGCCAAAGGUAAGUUAUUCCACUCAGUAAUCAGGAUCACACGUGAUUUUUAAAUAAGUUCUUUGGUUUUAUUAAUAGUUGUUAGUAUUUUUGAAAAUGUCUGUUGGGGCACUUUGAUACACUAAGACACGGGGCACAUUGAUACAUAUAAAAGUGCCCCGCUAGUGUACAAUAGUGCCCCAAUAUACAAGUUUGCAUGAAAUCUCUAAACUCAUUAAAUUUGAAACGGAAAAAAAACUGUUGUUUGCUACGUGGCCAAAGUCAUUUCUAAAUAUAAUAUGACUGAAUAUCAAGUGUCAGGAAAAAACCAGGAUCUUGUAUGUUUGUCUUCCCCGUUGUAGAAGAUAAGGCAAGUGUUGAUUUCAAGGAUGUUGUUUUGCUGUUGCCAAAACCAAAUUUCCCAAAGAGCACAACUCGAACAUCAUCUCUUUAUACUUUUUCUAUUGACUUAAGUGGAUAUAAUGUGCAAUAGAAGCUAAAUGUUAAGUAAUUAUCUUAUUUUUAUAAGCAUUUUGUUUAAAUCACUGUUUUUUUACUAACUAAUGCGAGUUCUUAUACUUUUUAAGUUUUUGCAAAGUUUUUUUUUAAUGGAUAGGUGUUUGAGGAAAGAUUAAUAUAAGUUUUGAUGUUUUGUUAAGAAAACCUGCCAUAAAGUCUAUGAUAUGUGUGAAACACUGUUAGUUUUGAUACGUAAUUUAGAUUGUAAGUAACAAAUUGUAAGGCUGAUUAUUAUCUCUCACAAUAAAAAUUGGAUUUUCAUUAAUUUUUUGCAAAUAAUUACCAUUCUCAUACAAUUUACGCUUUGUAUCAAAGUGCCCCUUCCAAUGUAUCAAAGUGCCCCGUAGGUGGGGCAGAAUGAUACAAAACCCUUUUCUUUUCUUUUCUUUUUUUUUACUGAAGUCAUUACAUUCUCACUAUCUUCAAACUUUAUUGGUUCUUUUGAUUGCUAUUAUAAUAUUGAUUAGUUAUGCCAUGCAUCAAGCCAAUUUUUUUAUUUUUUUUUUAUUAGACUCAUUUUUUGUUACAUGAAAUAUGAGAUUAAAUUUUUCUGUAUCAAUCUGCCCCACUUCCCCCUAUAUAAAACGAGUUUAAGGCUUCGAUCACAUACCCACCUACCUAGGAGUAGGCCCCACUGAACUCCUUGUUACUUGCUUUUGAGCAGACAUCUUUAGGGUUAUGCUGUUAGCCUGCAUUUCUGUUGAUAUUUUGGUCCCACACCCUUAUGUGUCUGUUAGUACAUGGGUAGGCAAACUGGGUAAUCUGGCCCAAUCGCCUUCUAAAUCCGGCCCGCGGACGGUCCGGGAAUCAGCGUGUUUUUACUUGAGUAGAAUGUGUCCUUUUAUUCAUAAUGCAUCUCUGUGUUAUUUGUGGGGCAUAGGAAUACGUUCAUCCCCCCCCAAAAAAAAAUAUAGUCCGGCCCCCCACAAGGUCUGAGGGACAGUAGACCAGCCUCCUGCUGAAAAAGUUUGCUGACCCCUGUGUUAGUACAUCCCAAAUCUGACCUCGAUGUGUAAGCGGGGGGGCGGGGAGCUGUGUUUCAAGUAACAUUUGCUAUGGGAAUUUGAGGCAGACCAUGUUCAUUUGAACUAACCUUCAGAUAAUCCUAGAGGUUCUUAUAUUUGUCCUAUGUCCCAUGGAUCUGUUAAUGUAAACAAGUGGAUCAUUUCCUAGCUUUGCAGCUUGACAAUACAGAGAAGCAUAUUGCAGUUUGAAUAAAAUUCCCUCCAGUUUCACAGGAGCUUGGCAGUAGCAUUCAGUGUGGUACAGUGAAUUAGUAUUUAUGGUAUGGUCAGAUCUGGUUCAGCUCCUGCUGAAAUUUUUGCUCAAAAAUUAUGGUGUAUUAGAGGACAAGCAAAACAAGAUUCAUUUUCAAUUAUAUGUCUAUAUAUAUAUAUAUAUAUAUGUGUGAUUAUAACAAUUUUCAAAUGCCUCCUGUGAAAAAUGCUAUUUGGAAUUCUUAAAAACUUUUUAACUUUAACUGACAAUGACAUAAGACCUUGAGAACAAUAUCCUGAUAUUUAUAAAUAAAACAUUUUUUUUAAUGUUACUAGCCCCCAACACCAAUAAUAUCAUUAAUAUCUUUCCAGGGAUUGUGAACAACACAACACAAAUUCAUAUUUUGUAUAUGUGUAUGUUUCAUCUUCAUUUCCAUUCAGUAUCUUUUCUUUGAUACUUCAUUGUUGUAUGUUAUCGAAAUAUAUGCUGUUGCUUAAAUAAAUGGAUAUCAAAAGAAAAAUAAGUAGGAAAAGAUACCCAGGAUUGGGGAAGUAACAAACUUACUAUUUUAAGUUUUAUCCAAUUGGAGGCCUUUAGGUCACAAUGUUAUCAAGUCGAAUGCCCAUGUUUCUCAGUUACUAUUCCUUAUUAAACUACUUUUUUUUCAUGUCCCUCAGUCAGAGACUCUGGAGGUAGCUGAGGGCAUAUUAAAACAAUAAAGUGAUAAAAAUUUAAAACCGGAUAAAAGCCCCCCUAAAUAAUAAAAGAGAUUUUUAUUGCAGCAGUGGCAGUGAAAAUCAGCAAUAAAAUCAUAUUCCAUUAAACUUUAGAGAGGUUUUCAGCUGUCUCCCAAAAGCAGUAAGGGCGGGCGCCUGACAAAUUGAAAGGGGUAGGGCAUUCCCCAAGGGAGUGUUGCCAGUUCAAUUUUGAUAAGAUUUCUCAGUAGGAAGAGGGAAAGAAAAAAAAUUAUACAAUCUAAAGAGAAACCAGAGUACAGAAAGAGAUAUAAUCUUUUCAGAAUUUCUGUUACUUUUGGUAGAAUACCCAUUCAUGAAGGGUAUAGAAGAGUCAGAGAAGUUAGAAAAAAGAAAUACAUUUUCCCCUCCAGCAGGGGGGCCAACUUGAAUAAAAUAUGGGGGGGCAGGUAAGCCCCCACUGGUAUGCACACCAUUUGAAUGGCAAUGCCCAUUAACAUGGGGGGGAGGCCCCCUCAAGUAUUGGAGGAACAAAAGGGACCUCCGCCCUUUCGAGUUGGCUCCUCUGCCCCUCCUCUCGACCCAUUUUUUGUUAGUCAUGUUAUAUUAUUUAUAUGUGUGCAAUUUUGCAACAAGAAAAUAAAGAUAUAUUAAAAAACAAAGAAUGACGUUUUGAUUUAUAGAGUGCCCAACUGCCUUUGUAAAGGACUCAGUAGGUAAACAAGCAGUCAUGCCUCUCAGAUAGGAAAUGGUACUUUUCAAAUGGGUCUGAUAUAUUUAGUCAGGCACAGAGACAGUAAUAGUGUGUCUUAUGUGGUAGAGUAUCUGCUUCCUGGUCAGAUGCCCACACAGUAGAAGUUGCUCCCAGGAACAAUCACCACACAGAAGCAGGGAAAGGUUGCAGAAGAGAAGACUUAGCAAAACAGUUCUUGAAGUAGAUAUAUACAGCUUGUAAGCUUUUGCAGCUACAGAUUUAUACAGAAGUACAAAGUAUCUCCAUCACUCUAAAUACAGUGGUACCUUGGUUUGCAUAUGUUUUGGAUUACAAGCAUGUCAAACCCAGAAGUAUGUGUCGCGGUUUGCAACCUUUUCUAGGAUUACAACCCAUUUUUUUUGGAUUACGAACAAAUUUUUUUAGAGGCCCCAUUCGCGAAACUGCGCCUUGGGUUACAGCCUGUUUUGGUUUACAAACAGACCUCCGGAAUGGAUUAUGGUGUAAACCAAGGUACCACUGUAAGUUCAGCUAUUCAAUAUGUAAUGCUGGACAAGUAACAAUGACUAUCGGUCAGAUUAACCAGACUGACAGCACGGAGCUAACAUGCAUUAACCACAGAUAUAGUGAGGGCACUAGGCCGUCACCAUAGCAACUGGGUUUGCUGAACUUGCGCCUCCAAUGAGCUCAUCCAUGGGAUGAUUUAUGCACAUGGAGGAAAUUGACCCCUUCUCAUUUCCAGGGGUCUCAUUCCAGCACUUUCCAGGUUUGACUCCCAUACUCUCUAGGCAGGACUGGGAAACAUUCUUUGAAAUGCUGGAGACUUCCUUCCAGUCAGUGUAGACUCAUUGCUUUGACUCAGUAUGAGACAGCUUCCUAUGAACCUAUGUUGUUAGAUCCCUAUUUAAUUGUGCUGUGGAAAAUAAUAAAAAUUGGUUUGUAGGAUGCUGUUCAAUAGCACACCAACUGGUGGACAUUUGGCAAAAAAGCAUCAUUGCACAUGUGAGCAACCUUGGGAACUUUUCUCUGUCAAAAACAAUUAUGUAAAAUUACCCUUACAAUUCCACAGGACAACUACAGCAUUCGAUGAUGAUGUUCCUAGAUGCCCAGAUAAGUGUGGCUGGCGCAAGGCCUUAAAGUAGAUUAGAUUAGUUUACAAUUUCGAUUAAAACUUUUGUGCUGGUUAUUGAUCCUGAUCACUGUUUCUAGAGUUGUCAUGUUAACAGUGGGACACCAAGGACAGCUCCGUAACCCAUGGGUGGAUGAAACCCAUGGGAAGGCCAUCUACACUGGUGUUACCUCUGUGUGGCAUUUGCCUCCUAGGAUGGGUCAUAAGGAAAGGGUUAAAAUGGGUGUGAUGUGAUUGGCCAGUGAGAAUGCAAGGGGGGAGUAAAAGUUAGAGUGGGAGGUUUUGAAAGUUGGUUGAGGUUUGGGGAGUUGAAGAAAGAAGAGGGAGGUUUAGGUGUGGCUGGGUAGAGUUGUAUUGUGAGAGAGUGAGAGGAAUUGUUAAGUGGAGUCAGAUAGAUAGUUGGAACAAUCAGUUUGGAGUUGUUAGGAACUAAGAAUAAGAAACUGACAAGAGAAAAAUUAACUGAAACCAUAAGCUUGUUCCUGCAUUUUAAAAUAAACUUGAUUAUUUGUUUAUGUUAACAACUGACUGGACUCCGUGUGUCCCCGUGAGAAGCGGGGUGGUAGCAGCGGAAAAAGCAAUCGCAGUGGUGGCACAGGGUCAAUAGACCAUCAAACGUCCGGGGGCCCUGUGUGUGAUCACCACACUCUGUAACUUUGAACUGUUGUUGACAAUGCUGUACUGUCAAGGAUGUUCCAGUAGUCUUGGGCACAUUAUGUAGGAAAGACAAAGGCUGUAAAAGUGGUUCACUGGAUAAAAGUGCAAGCGGAGUGAAGAAUCAGAUGGGGGUAGCACACUUUCCUGGUAAUAGUUUCUUCUCGUGUUCUAACCCUUUGCAUUGCGGCAAUCGGAGCCAUUCCCCUGGUUUAGGAUUCAGCAGUACCUUUCACGAAGGCAUGCUCCUCUGGAAGAGCUCUGUGUGGUGUUCUCAGGUCCAUUAAAGCUGGCAGCUGCAGUUUUCCAGCAUGAGAGGGUUUUGUGGUUUUGUAUUUGUUCUCUUCGCGGGGGCAGCUGCUCAGGAGCCUGGCGGAAGAGAGGGAUUCAGAUAAUCAAUGUGACAGGGAGAUGUAAAUCUGUUCAGUUACAUUAAAUAUCCCUCUUCCUCGCUUGUUUACGUUGGCAACCGUACAGAUCUUCUUUGGCUUUGGACAGCUAGGCGCCUCCAAUGAGAUCGGUCCAACGGCAGUGCUCCAUUGCCUUCUUUGGGCAUCCAUCAUCUGUGGGUGGGUGCUGGGCAACAGAAGAGACACUUGCUUCCAAAGUGCAAGUACCUUCUCUUUCCAUUAAGAAUACAGCAGAAUGCUUUUGUGGGAGAUUCUCUUUGCAGUGGUGCUGGCUUCCCUGAAACAAACCCGAGAAACUAAGCUCUAAUCUGGGACUCAACCUCAUGUGAGGUGUAGAUUCUGGUUGUGGCCACCUUUUUGGAUAAAAAGGAGCUGAAGUUGGAAGCACCUUUGCACAACUUUGCUCUCCGCAACGUGACUUUCAGUUCUUCCCCUUUGAUCCAGGGAUGGGGAACCUGCAGCCAUCGCGGAUUCCACCUCCCAUCAGCCCCAGCCAGGAUGGCCAAUAGUCAGGGAUGAUGGGAGUUGUAGUCCAGCAGUGUCUGGCGGGACCAUAAGUUUUCCACCCCUGCUUUAAUCCAAAAGGGCAGACAUUCUCCAGCAAGAAAAUGAGUCCUGUGUUUCCAUGUUGAACCAUGACGUUGCCUGGAAUCAAUAUGCUUAAAACCUAAGCAGAAGUUUGUAAAUUACAGUACGUGGUUGGUCAAGUCUCCUCCAGUUUUACCUAGAGAACCAGGGCUUGUAGCAGAGUCUGGAGCAACAUUAAUUUCAACUGUACAACUAUUUUCUCAUUGCACACAGGAAUUGAUGUGUACUGAAUUUGCUAACAGGGCCUAUUUUAUCAGGAACAAUACAGCCUGAUUUGCUCAGAAACUGGCUCUCACACGCUGACUGAAUACUGAAUGUUGAGAUGUGCUAUAAAUGUGCAUUGCAAAACUUUUGCGGGAAACACACAUUUUACAGCCAGUAUGGAAAAGAGACUGAAAGGUUGGGUUAUCCCAGGGAAGGGGGAUGCUGCAAGAAUCAGGCACGUGGGGUUUAAAAUGUGAAGUUAGUUGCUGCUGCCGCUCAGAUUGGCCUAUCCAGUAUUCACAUGGCCAUUUGGAACUCCUGGCUGGAUAUCUCUCCUUCCUGUCUACAGCUUGUUUAUGGAGGGAUUUUCCUGGAUCUGCAGUAUUUUUGACUUUAUAAUCAUUGGUAAUUACAGUCCUGUACUUUCCACUGAGCUGGCUUGCGCCUGUCGUGCAGAAUCCCGACUCUACCCACAAGCAGGCCUCCCCUGCCCUCUUGGAAGGAUCCCUCCCCUGGCCUCCCUCUCAAAGCCAGGUCACUGCUCAUCUUUUCCAUCCACCGACUCCGUCCCCUCAGCAACAGACAGGCAGCUGUGCUAACAGCUCCAGUGUGUGCCAUGGCGCAAGGUGCAGGCCCCAGCCAGGUGGGCUGAAAUUCCACAUUGCUUUUGUGCUAAAUAUACAGCGCAGGAGUCAGGCUGGCAGGAAAUGCAUCUAAGCAGCACCAUAGAAACCAAACUAUUUGAUCCCUGCAGAAUCUAUCCACCUGCCAUCUGGGUAUGAGACAAGAUGUCAGCAAAUAUAAACAAACAGCCAGUGGUAAGGAGGGCAAGUAGCCAAAGACUGAACUGGUUAUAUAUAGCCGUGGCUCUGGUGUUCGCAUGCCUGUCUGCAGAAGUGCCAGCGCCUUUGCCAUCUUUCAUAACUUUCAUGGCUGAUCUAAACAGGGGCAUACAUAGAGUUGCUACCCAUUCACAAUUCUUGCAGGCUGUUCAUGUUUCAGUAGCAACAGAGACUCAUGAUACUUUUGAAGACUUACAGAGUUAUGCAGCAAUCCUAUAUACGCUUAUCUGCAAAUAAGUCCCACUGAGCCUGCAGGAUAGCUCCGUCAGUAGAGAGCAAGACUCUAAAUCUCAUUGUCAUGAGUUCGAAACCCACGUUGGGCAAAAAGAUUCCUGCAUUGCAGUGGGUUGAACUAGUUGAGCCUCAUGGUCCCUUCCAACUGAACAGUUCUAUGAUUCUGUUCUUCUAAAUAGGAUUGACUUCUGCAUGGAUGUGCAUAGGAUUGCACUGUGAUCAUGGUAUAAGGUUUGUUUGUUUGUUUGUUUGUUUGUUUGUUUGUUUGUUUGUUUGUGGCCCACUGGUCAGCUGUAUCAUUUGGCAGGCCUGCACACACACAUGCAGGUACAGACUGGUAGGGAGCCUAGAGAAAUAAAACAAUAAAGUCAAAAUGCCAGAAAAUCAAGAAGCAGCAGUAGAUCUUUCACGUUUCUGUGCACAGCCAAAAUGUGUACAAACAUAACAAUAGCCACCCAUUCGCUGCCAUAGGAACUUUAUUUAACAUAUUCGGAGAGAAACUUCCAAUUCUGAUGAAGUCCAGAUUUAAUAAUAUCAAACCUGCUGAUAAACCCCCAUAAUUAAACAAUGCCUCCUGAUGUCAUAGCUAUGCUGGUGUUAUGGUACAAUGAAUGGCUGGACUGUCCAUAAAUUGCAAGGUUAAAAGGUGACAACUCUAGGUUUACAGUGGAAGCUAUUUGAGAAGAACAAGGGGGUUCUUAUUCUGCUCAUAUAAGUGCUUGAAUAGGUUAUCUGGGUUAUCUUGUUGCAACUCCAUGCUUAGAAAUGCUCUGCCCACUAGCAUUCAGCAGAAGCCUGUUCUGAAUGCCCCUGGUCAUCCUCUGUCCCUUAUCCUAUUAUAAAUAGAUGUGCCGUGUUGUUGUUGUUGUUUAGUUGUUUAGUCGUGUCUGACUCUUCGUGACCCCAUGGACCAGAGCACGCCAGGCACUCCUGUCUUCCACUGCCUCCCGCAGUUUGGUCAAACUCAUGCUGGUAGCUUCGAGAACACCAUCCAACCAUCUAGUCCUCUGUUGUCCCCUUCUCCUUGUGCCCUCCAUCUUUCCCAACAUCAGGGUCUUUUCCAGGGAGUCUUCUCUUCUCAUGAGGUGGCCAAAGUAUUGGAGCCUCAGCUUCAGGAUCUGUUCUUCCCGUGAGCACUCAGGGCUGAUUUCCUUAAGAAUGGAUACGUUUGAUCUUCUUGCACUCCAUGGGACUCUCAAGAGUCUCCUCCAGCACCAUAAUUCAAAAGCAUCAAUUCUUUGGCGAUCAGCCUUCUUUAUGGUCCAGCUCUCACUUCCAUACAUCACUACUGGGAAAACCAUUGCUUUAACUAUACAGACCUUUGUUGGCAAGGUGAUGUCUCUGCUUUUUAAGAUGCUGUCUAGGUUUGUCAUUGCUUUUCUCCCAAGAAGCAGGGGUCUUUUAAUUUUGUGGCUGCUGUCACCAUCCGUAGGGUGUGCUUAAUUGCCGAAAUGAGAGAGGUGCCUGGAAGUCAUGCCCAUUUCUGUAGAUUUUCUGUAGGUUAGAGAGAAGUAGCUGUGAUUUAUUUAGUGGUGAAGAAGGAAAGGGAAGAUACUCUGCGCAUACCCAGAAGCACCUCCUGUCUUAUUAUUGUUGCAUGUGUUUCAGGGUCAAGCACUGGUAUGUGAGUUCAGGUGUCUGCUGGUUACCUCAUUGGUGCGUAUAACUGAUUUCCAAUCUGUUCGGGAAAUAGAGUAGCCCUGACGGUUACCUUUAACACACAAGAAGCAGGGCAUGAAAAAGUGCUUAAAGGCAAAGGACAACUUGUGCAAGAAAUAGCUUCUAUAGACGGGAAAUCAGCAGAGAAGGGGCAUUAGGUAAUACAAAGUUGGGUAAUGGGAUAAACAGUGUCAAAUCAGCUCCUAGCAUUAAUCAAACAAGGGCUGGAUUUGAAGAUGCUUUUGUUUCAAUGUGAUUUGCGGCAUCUCCUUAUCCAAGUGGCAGCCUGCACUUCCCCCCUGCUAAAUUAGGAUUUUCCCAGUCUCUGAAUAAUCUGAAGAGGGGAAAAAACCCAAUAUUAAAUUGCAUAUUGGACACAUUUGUGUGGCCAGAUUUUUUCACAUAUGUUGUAACAUUUCACUGGUUGCCAUUUAUCAUCAUGCCCCCUACUUCCAUUUUGCAUGUUUAUGGUAUUUAUUUAUUGACUGAUUGAUUUUAAAGACUCUUUUAUGCAGAACUGCUCUUUUAUAAAACAGCUGCAUUAAAAAUUAAAAUAAAAUUUGCCCUUGCAGGUGCAUGAGGUGGGGAAGGAAAAUGGGAGGAAAGGAAGCAGCAGCCUUUCAUGUGAGUGACUCCAAAUCCUUGCCUGGCUUAGAGCAACACACACAUACUUUCAUUAUUAUGUUUGACCGCUCAUUUGUGCAAAUAUUGAAAAACUUGUAAUAAAAAAUAUAAAAGGUACAUACACACAGUAAAUUGACCUCAGGUUUCCUGGCUUGGAGUGGCACACACAUGUUUAAAAAUUACUUUUGACCGCUCUUUUGUGCAAAACUGGUCGAUUGAAAUCUUGUAUUUCAAAAAUAAAAGAAUUUUCUGUGCCUACAAUGGAACUCAAGUUUCCAGGACUUGUGGUAGGCAAAAAAGCACUAAUUGAAGGGAGGGGGUAGCAAAUACAUCCCAUCAAGCACUGCUCACUUAUGUAGCCAGGAAACAUUGAGAUAGAUUUUUGGAGGUCCUGUUUAGAGGAAGGCACACAUAUAGAAAUCAUGAUCUACAUACACAUUAAUGCACUAGUUAAUGUGCAGAUUUCCAUUGGAUGCCAGAUUCCACCUCUAAUUCUCUUUCUACUUCUUCUCGCUUAACAUUUCUCUCUCUCUCUCCAGUAUAUCAUACAAGGCAUCUGGCAAAAUCCUCUCUCUCAUGUGCUGUGGGCAGUACAUGAGACCUCCGGUAUACUACUACUACUACUACUACUACUACUAAUAAUAAUAAUAAAUAUCUGCUCAGAAGUAAGCCCCAAUGAGUUUAGUAGGACAUACCCCCAAGUGGUGUGUUUUGUUAUAACUGAGGCAAAGAAAUCCAUCAGUGUAUCAGAGGGAUGGGGCAAAUAGCCCUGGCUGGCAGUUCAAGGGAUGGGUUUGGUGUUCUCCUUCUUUUGGCAAUGGUAGGAGUCAGUAAAAUGAAAGUUCUGGGCCCAUGAUCUAGUGUUUCCAGUCUACCUAAACAUUCAGUGUCACUGGCAUCUAGAGUACUUUCAUGAAAACUGGAUUGCUGGAGGCGUGGAGAGAGAAGGAACAUUUCUGGUCAAGGAGGAGGGAGAAGGCACUAUACAUAAAUCUGAGACCCACUCUACUAAAUUCAAUACUUUCUGCUAUAACUGAAAUAUAGGAAGCAUAAGUGGUUCAUCCUCACAAUUUUUCUAGCCUCACUUCCUUCCCUCUUUGUGUAGGCCAGGCUUCUUCAACCUCGGUCCUCCAGAUGUUUUUGGCCUACAACUCCCAUGAUCCCUAGCUAGCAGGACCAGUGGUCAGGGAUGAUGGGAAUUGUAGCCUCAAAACAUCUAGAGGGCCGAGGUUGAGGAAGCCUGGUGUAGGCUACUCAUUUAAUGUGGCAGGAACACUCCUGCUGAGCCUUUUUUUCCUUAUCAUUUGUGGGUGCUGAAUUUGCUGUGGCCAGAACAUCUGUGAGUGGCGAGCCUGUUGUUUGUUUCAGAGAAGCCCUAAUGAGACAGCUUCUGCUUUUCAAGGUAUGAAGUCAUGUCUGCCCUGGAAGGAUACAAGCAGGUUUCCUCCAUAGGGUUAGCACAGCACAGUUGCAGCAAGAGCAGGUCGCAUCUUGCUCCCUGGUGUCCAGUCCUGCUGCAGCUUUGCCUCGCUGUCAAUUUAAGCACUGCUUGUUGAAAGCACCUGCUCAAAUCCUGUCCUUGCAAACAGUAAGGGCUGAAUAAAAACUGAUGCCCAAGCCAGAAAGAAAGCCAGAACUGAUUAUUAUAUAAUGUGCACAAUUCACCACAAUUAGAAAAUGUGGGUCGGGAGAGGGGGGAACGUACUGCAUGAUGCGCCACAUCAGUUCUAGGAUAGAAAUAGGCUGGGAGUAAGAAAUCACUGCCAUGCUAAAUACUGUUUUAAUAAAAAGGAGGUUGGUGAAGGUAGAAUAUUGCCAACAUGGUUAACAGCCAUCGAUAACCCUUCCUUCCAUGAAUUUGUCUUAUCUCAUUUGAAAGCCAUCCAAGUUGGUGUCCAUCACUUCUUCCUGUGGCAGUGAGUUCAAUUGUCUAACUAUUCACUGUGUGAAGAAAUAUUUCCUCUUAUCUGUCCUGAAUCUUCCAACAUUCAGCCUCACUGGGUGUCCACAUGCCUGAUGUUAUGAGAGAGGGAGAAAAACUUCUCUUUAUUGACUUUCUUUGCAUCCUGCAUAAUUUUAUAAACUUCUAUCAUGUCACUUCUUACUUGUCUUUGCUCUAAGCUAAAAAGUUCCAAAUACUUUUUUAAAAAUGACAGAUCAGAAAAAUGUAAUCCUGGAACAUGUAGCUUGAGAGAAAAAUCCUUCCCUAUCCUAUAAGACCAUUCUGUUUUGGAAAGCUAUCAUAUGAACACAUACACUAAGAUUCUUAAUGAUCACGAGUUGUGAGACUGCUCCUCAGCCUCAGUUUCCCCCCUGUCUGUAAGAUGUGAAUACAGUGGUGCCUCGCAAGACGAAAUUAAUCCGUUCCGCGAGUCUCUUCCUCUUGCGGUUUUUUCAUCUUGCGAAGCACGGCUAUUAGCGGCUUAGCGGCUAUUAACGGCUUAGCGGCUUUAAGAAAAAGGAAACAAACUCGCAAGAACUCGCAAGACGUUUCGUCUUGCGAAGCAAGCCCAUAGGGAAAUUCGUCUUGCGGAACGACUCAAAAAACGGAAAACUCUUUCGUCUAGCGAGUUUUUCGUCUUGCGAGGCAUUCGUCUUGCGGGGCACCACUGUAACUCUCAAUUCUAAGGUUGUUUUGGGGACUGAAAACCCCACAAAGUGUCAAAAUGAUUCUGUAUAGCACAUUUAAUGAACCACAAUCAAUAUUCAGGCGAAUUUUUGAGCAAAGGGUCAUUGCUGCAGAACGUAUGAGAUUUAUGCCUAGUUUCCUGUGUCAGUAACUUUGCACCUGUGUAAUGUGAUCUGCAGUGCAGGAGGUGAUAAUGGACUAAAUUCAAAUCUGCCUCUGUGCCUCAGCUUCAGCUUCCAUUACUUGUUUUGCACCUGCUUUCAGGAAUUCCCCCGUGGAAUUUACAGGCAAGCAGCACUAAAGGGACGAGCCACUCUGUUGUUUUAGCAUUAAGAGCCAGCUGCCUUAGAUUUCUGUAGGGAAUUGCACAGCUCCAGUAGACAAGUAUUUCACAUAAACAGAAGUAGCAGCUGAGAAUAUGGGAAUAGCCUGAAAUGGGUAGUGGGGGGCUUUGGUCAGGACAUGGGUUCAGUUUCAUAAUUACCUGGGUCUUGAUGAGGUUGUCCACACUAUAGCCAGUACAAAGCUCCGAUUUGUCUUACGCAGUGAUUAUGAAGUCCCCCAUAGUCCUUGAAGUUUUAUUCUCUUUUUAGUGUUCUGUUGGGAGCUGCCCAGAGUGGCUGGGGAAACCCAACCAGAAGGGCGGGGUAUAAAUAAUAAAAUUAUUAUUAUUAUUAUUAUUAUUAUUAUUACUACUACUACUCACCAAAGCCUAAGCUAAUGCUGUUUUUAGAUGUACGAUGGCUAUUCCAUACAAAAAGGGGUUUCCAGUUCCAACUGUUCCCUGUGUCUUUGUUGAUGAUUUCUUCUAUUACAGGGUUAGUAAUUGGCGUUCUUAUUAUGCCGCAGUUUUUAUAUCGGUAUCAAAUUAAUUUUAAUUUGAGCAAAACAGAACACUAAUUAUUACCACCGCUAAAGAACAAAAACAUGUACGUAAAAGCCAAAAGGCACGUGUGCUUGUGUGCUGGAGGGUUGGGGAGUUGUUGUUGUUUUAGAUAUUAAAAACACUUUGGCAAGAGUUUGUCACUUUCCUAGGCACAUAAAACCCAUGAAGAAAUGUGUGCAUGUUAUGCCAAAAUGAUACAAAGUAAUGAGUGGUUGUAAAACACAUAAAUACGCACAAACCGGGUGGAAAAUAGGUUUGCCCCAUCUGCAAUGACUUGGGAAGAACAAUACAAUUGUGGUGGGAGAGGGAGAAUCUUUGGUGGUAUAACCAGUGUUUUUUUCUGGGGGGACGCAUACCCCUAAAUAUUUUGUGAAUCUAAGUUUGGCCUCAUUGAGGGGCAGUAUUUCAAUAUGAGUAGGAAACUUAGAGUACCCCUAAACAUUUUUUUUAGAAAAAAGCACUGGGUAUAACCACUAUAAUCCGGAGUGAUAUGAUUCUCAUGAAGGGUUGGGGGAGGGAGAACAGAAGGGAAAAGAAGUAGAGUGGUACCUCGAGUUACAAACGCCUCAGGUUACAAACUCUGCUAACCUGGAAGAGUUACCUCGGGUUGAGAACUUAGCUCCAAGAUGAGAACGGAAAUUGUGUGCCUGUGGCACAGCGGCAGCAAGAGGCCCCAUUAGCAAAAGCACGCCUCUAGUUAAGAACAGUUUCAGGUUAAGAACAGACCUCCAGAAUGAAUUAAGUUUGUAACUAGAGGUACCACUGUAGUUGGUAAGUUACCUAGCUCCAGGGCUGGCAUGCUUGUCCCCAAUCCUGGGGUCUUUCAGAAGAACAGGAGGAAUUUGAGUCCAUACCUCUUCUGAUAUGCCCCUCCCAGCACCCUCUUUUAACCCUUUCCUGUUUCAGAGCCCUAACUAGGGAUAGGCAAUGGUGGUAGUCCUUUCUGCAGUGGCUAGGAGGUGGCUUCUGAUAGCAGACCUCCCUCUUCACCCACAGGGAGGGAAUCCAUAAAAUCCUAGGCCCCUGCCACACUCCCCCAGGGACUAUAGGAUUGUGCCCUGGAAAAGUUUCAUGGAAUAAAUUUAUUUUUCAAGAAAAAGAGAACAUGUGUUAGAUAACAAAACCAAGUUGUUUCAGUGCUAGAUCUUUAUAAUAUAUAUUAAUACAUAUUAAUACAUAUUAAUAAACACAUUUCAUUUGCCUGCCUGUGCUAAAUCUCCCCCCGUAUGAUUUUUGUUACUUUCUAUUCCAGCAUUGUCAAUGAUUUUCCCCCUUUAAUGACUCAGAAAUAGAUGCACAAGAGUCCAUUUUCCUGUAUUUAGUCCAGACAGAUUUUGUGGCCGCUAACAGCAUUUUCUCUCCAUUACAUUUAACAGGAUUCAAGGCACCAAAUUUACUACAUGGCAAAACAAACAAACAAAAAACAAAAAACCAAGUAGUCGUUUAAAAGAUAGACACUCAGUAUUGCUGAGCUUUUACACCCACAGUCGCUAACUCCAAGCUCAUGAGCCUGAACCGGCCUGCAGGCAAAUGCUUCUGAAUCUGACACCAUAAGUUUUGGCAGCAAUAGCAGAAAGAGGGAUGGAGGGAAUAAACACAGAAUUGAGUGGAGUCCAAUGCUUCACUGGGAAUACAAAUGGCCCCUUCCCCAGCCAUCGUGUUCAUUAUUAGCUGAAAGGGGAGGGGAUAAUAACCCUCCUUCCUCAACUGAACAGUGUGGAUCAGCUGAGGCGAGGGCCUGGCUGUUUCUGUGUGCCCUAAGUGUGAAUGUGUGUAAGGGAGAGUGUACGAUUGGGGGGGCACACCCAUUUUUGGUCACAUCCAAUGUGGGCUGGUGGGACCACCACCACCAAACACACCCCAGCAUUGGCCAAGGUUGAAUGUGGCCUUUGGCCAAAACAGGCGAGCCAUCCCUGUUUUCCACAGUUCCAUCAUGGAUGAAAGAAAUCAGUCCCAGCAUCCUGACGUGUUUAAUAUUAAAAAAUGAUGGUAUGGUGUACGCUCUUAAUGUUUUGCUACGGUCAGUGACCAUCAAGCAGCCCUUAACUCUGAGCUACUAAUUUGUAUCACUAUGUCCCUAUGUCUCAGGGAUACCAGGGCUUGUUCUUUUAUCCAUUUUCUUUUUCUUUUCUUUUUAAAUAAUAUUUAUUAAGUUUUCCAGUUUAACAAUCCAAUAAAAGCCACAUUAAAAACAUUCCAAAUUAUAAAAUAAUCAAACAGUCCAAAUAUUAUGCCAAAUUAUAAAUCUUUGUUUGGCUUCCUAUGCUCUGAGGUUCUAAUUAUCUGAUAGAUAUGAAUGCCCUUAUCAUUAUGUCAUCAUUUUCACGAGAGUCGGCCCUUGGCUCCAGUUUCUACCUCUGUUCAUUUUUUCACAAGGAUGCAAAGGUUGUAAUCACACAUUUGGAAAUAAAGGGAUUGCGUCUGAAAAUACUGGGGAUAAAGUGGCUGGUGACCAGCCAGGAUUUCUUUAAAAAUCCAAAAUGGUGAGGGAAAUAGAUACUUGCAAUCAAAUAUUUGUAUGCAAACAGCCUCUUUUGUCCCUACAGAGAAAAGUCACCAAGAUUAUUUAGAUUAAAGGAUUUGUGUCAAGUGGCAGAUGCCAUAAUCUUUAUACAUGACCUGCUUGAAGUUUUUUGCAUUUCUGCCUGAGUCAUCUUUCCAUCUGGUUUCAUUCUGUUAGAAGUCGCUAAAUGGUUCAGCUGUGAAAGAAAGCAACAGUGGAAAAAGACAACAGAUCAGCCAUGUGGCUUUAAAAAUCUAAAUUUGGGGCUUUUUUUCAGCCGAAACUCAGUUCCGACACCUCUCAGGUGGGCGCCAUUGCCAUUAUAGUAGAACAAGCCAUCAAAUUACAUAGAGGGUUAAUUAACUGGUAUAUAUAAUUUCAUUGCAUUUCUUGAGGUUUUGCCCAAAGGCAGGGACUUUAAACAUAUCAGACCACUCUUCCCUGGUCCAGGACUUUAGCAGCACCCCUGACCAGGGUCAUUACUUUGUGUAAUUCUGAGCCAGGAACCCCUCUGAUUAUAAGCCAUGCAGAGAACUCGCUUCUGAUUUGAUGGUGCAAAAUAAACUCUGUCUCCGCUGCUCCACAUGCAGCUGUUGGGUGACCUUGGGCCAGUCACACUUCUCUGAAGUCUCUCAGCCCCACUCACCUCACAGAGUGUUUGUUGUGGGGGAGGAAGGGAAAGGAGAAUGUUACCCGCUUUGAGACUCCUUCGGGUAGUGAUAAAGCGGGAUAUCAAAUCCAAACUCUUCUUCAUCAUCAUCAUCAUCAUAGGAAGUUGCUUAUGCUGAGGCCGGCCAUUUGUCCAUGUAGCUUAGUACUGUUUGCACCAAUUGCAUACAGAAAUCCAGGGUUCAGUCGAGAGUCUUCCUAAUUCUACCUGGAGAUGUUAGGGACCCUUGGCAUGCCCAUCACAUGCUCUAGUACUUAGGUAAGGCCUGCCCCCAAACUUGUUUGCAAUCUGGUUUCUCCACCAACAUAACUUCUGUCUUCCUAGAUUCAGUUCCAGCCUGGAAAAGUGGAUCCUCUGCACAUUAUGUCUCAUGCACACAAUGAUUAAGCACCAUUAUAGCUGCCAGUGUCUGUUCUUCUACUUUCCCAUAAUGGAGAGAAGGGCUUCUUUUCAACCUUCUGCUGUUGUGUGGAGACCAUUCCAUGUUGUGUUUAUCACCUGGUGACAUUUUCAUAUGAAACAGCUCACCACAGGGAUCAUCCAGUUUUUUCCACUAAGUUACUUCAUGCAUCAUAAAAGAUUUGUGGCGGCAGGGUGAAAUCACCUGCUCUGAGUGUCUUGCUAUGCAAAUCAGGCCAUUUUCACCAUGUCUUUCUGCACUACAUUGAGUAAUUUAAAUUAAACCAGUCCUCAGUAAGGGCACAAAAGUUCUUCAGAGAACAAUAAAGAAACCCCCCAAAUCCAUUUUAAUCCUCUGUUUUCUCUAGUUUAACAUACAGUGAAGCAUGGUGCCUACUACAGAUACUGCGGUCUGUUUUUUGGAAGCAUUGCAUUCCAAAUCCUAAAUCAUUUGUUAGGAUAAAUAUACAGCAGUAACAGAGUAAGCAUUUGCACAAUAUUUUAUUACGAUUGUGGAUUGUGUUCUGAUUCCGUAAAAGCUUCCAAAUGCUAUUGCAGUAAAAAUAAGAGAGUGGAAAAUUGAAUUUCACUGAUGAGGAGUUAUGAGAAGAGAAAGGAAGGGUGGACAAUUGUCUAAUUACUGUUUGUAAUUAUCUUGAACCAUUUACUUCCUGAGUUGUAAUUCAAAUGGGAGGAGACUUAAUUUCUUCUUAAUAUCUGGCUAAGUAGACUUGUCACUGGGAACCUUAUUUAUGGUUCUGAACAUGACCAAUAUUCUUGAUAAUUAACCCUGAAAAAUUACUCAGUAAAAAGAGGAAGUUUGUUGCUGAGACAAAUAUUCCAAGAUACUGGUCACAGUUCUCUAUUCUACAUUACCGGCUCCCUGCAAACCUUAGCUUCACGGCACUGCCAUGAAAAAACACCAAUAUAUAAAAUCACAAUUAAAACAGGCACAGAACAAUCAAUAUGGUUAUGCUGAAUCUUUAUGGCUGUCUUGAUUGUUCGUGUCUAUUUUCACUGUACUGUAUUGUCAUUUUUAUUGAGUGAUAUAAUGACAGUGGGGUAGAGCAAUCCAAACCCUCCUUCUACCAGUGUGUGUGUUGCAUUGCACAGAGGUCUCUCUCCACCCAGCUCUCCCUACAAAUCUAACCUCCUGCCAGCUCCGUGGAGUCCAAGCUGCCCACCCUCUUGUGGGUGGGGAGGGCAUGGUGUUCAGCCUGCCUGGGAUCCUAAGCUUGUCUCACUAUGGCAGUGGCAUUGGGCCUGAUCACUGUGCCAACCAGGAGCUGAUACAGCAGUUGGUUCUGGACUGCCCAAUCCCACAUUCCGCUGUGACCACCAUGAGUGGCAGGGCUGUGGCUGUGACCCCAUUACUCUGCAAAGCCCCAUCAGCGAGGAGGUGGGAACUCUAUUUCUCAUGCUUCCAGGUGCCUAAUGGGGUUGGGGGGAAAGUCAGAACAGAUUUAAGGGGUGCACAGGGGGGAGAGGUAGAGCUCAGUUGCAUGAGUGGAAUGCUUGAGCUGACAGAAUGAAAUACAGUAGUACCUCGGUUUAAGAACAGUCCUGUUUACGAACAAUUCGGUUUACGAAUUUCAGAAAACCAGAAGUAGUGUCCCAGUUUGCGAACUUGAAGUAGUGUCCCAGUUUGCGAACUUUACCUCAGUCUAAGAACGGAAUCCGAACGGUGGAAGGGCACCGGCGGUGGGAGGCCUCAUUAGGGAAAGCGCGCCUCAGUUUAAGAACGGUUUCAGUUUAAGAACAGACUUCCGGAACAGAUGAAGUUCGUAAACCGAGGUACCACUGUACUUGGAGCUACAUUGGAUACAACUCAAAAGUAGCACACAAUUAACAAAAUGACCAUGAGCACAUUUAAACUAAUGAAACUUACAAGUGUUUUGUUUUUACUUACUCCCAAGUCUAAUUUGUGUUGUGUAGAUGGAAACUAGGCUUCAUUAAAAGUUUCUGUGGAUGUUUCCCUCCAAACUUACAUAAUGAUGAUACAGUAGAUAUUUUCAAAAUCAGCCUGAACAUAAACCACCAUAAGCUCCCUGUCUAGCAAAGAAUUGUCUGUUCCCAACUUGGGCUCUUUUACAAUGGUAGCAGUCACGGACUGUUCUGGAAAGGAGUUACAUCAUUAGGCAGGGUGUUAUUGGUGCUGUGGGGUUUCAAGCGCGUUUCACGCCGGCUGCAUAAACAAGUAAACUUCCUCUGAGGUUAAUUAUGUUGCAGAACACUGGCUGAAGGUUUGCAUGUCACCUUAGAGACAGGACCCCGAAGAGGAGAAGGAACAAGCAAUGUACAGCUUGUCUGCCUGGAAGAGGGCCAGUUUGUGUCCUCAGCACACACAACACCCCCACCCAAGUUGCAGCUGCAAAGUCCUCUCUGCCCAUAAGCAGCGCAGAGAGAUGGAAUUCUGCAUUCACCACUUGAGACAAAGACUCUGUUCAUUCAUGGUCAUCGCACACACAAAAAGCCCUCUUCCCCCCCCUCCCCUCGUUACUAGGUGCUAAGCCAUGUUGUGAGGCUGCUGCUGUCACCUCCACCACCCCCAUGCUCAGAGGGAGCUCUCUUACUGCUCAGAGCAAAAUGGAGGCGAAAGAGCAGCUGCCGCAUAGGAGGCAUAACUAAGCAGGCGGAUCCCUGGCUAACUCCUUGAAGUGUCUUUUGCAUGGUCUAAACCAGAGGUGGAAAACUGGUGCCCUUGAAGCAAUUUCCUUUGACCCUGGAGGAUUUACCAAGGAUGCGCCUGCCCCAGCCUGCGCAUCGUGAAGGGGUGAGGGCAUGUUGACAAGCAGGUGGGACAAAGUGCCAAUGCCCAGCCAUCAUCAUCAUCAUUUUAUUUGUAUGCCACCUUUCCACAGUUUAAACAGUGCUCAAGGCAGCUUACAAUAGGAAACAAUUUACAUAAUAACAAACAUAGCAAGGUAGUCAUAAAAAGAAAUAAAACACAUAAAAAACUACAUAACCAAACUGAACAAUUUCUACAUAAAAAUAAAGAUACAAAAAAAUCAGUAUCAGUAACAGCAGCAAAAACUCUCAACAAAAUUUCCCCCCAAAUACCCCAGUCCUCCUGGACUGCAGCAGCAGCAGUCCUUAAGAGCCUGUCAGGCCCCACCUUAGGCCAGGUGGAGAGCGGCAGAGCAGGGCCCUCAGGCUCUCAGCAGGUCAGCCAGAUGGCUACAGGUGUUCAUAUCCAAAUGGAGGAGGCCGUCAAAAAGCAUGCACAGACACCCUAUCCCUUGGCACAUGACCAGGAUGAGCUGGUCAUUCAGGACCAUGUCGGAAUUCCACCCUCCAAUCAGCAUUGACCUUGGAGUGUUUUUGUUUUGUUUUGUUUUGUUUAUCUUGCCUAUCCUGUACUGUCCAAGGAGUCGUACCUUAUGGGAUGGUGGGUGGCCACAAAUGGGUUCGUUUGGUUCCAAGAGAAAGUAGUCACCCCUGAAAAUGAAGGGGUGGGGUUCCCUCAGAGCACUCUGCCAUGGGUAUCAAGCUGUAGAGGGCAGGAACUCUCUUGGGGACACGCCUAGCUCACCCCCCUAGAGCUGGCUACUUCAAGAGCAUGUAUGAGUCCGGCAAAGGAUCCGUCAAUGCACUAUGAGUGGUGUAGGGAUGGUGAUGCAGAGGCAGUGCCCUGACAGCUUCUGGUUCAGAGCCAGGAUAUAGCUUACUUGGAACAGGUUGUCCCUUAAUGGAAAUCCCCACACUGUAAAUUAGCUAGCAAAGUUGUUGCUCCCUGCAGAUCCUGUUCAAUAGUUCAUAAAGUUGUAGGCCUUGCUACCUCCCAAAGGUUGCCUCUUGCUUCUUCAUUCACUUCUGUGCCCACAAAUGUCUGAGCCUGGAGCUUUCCUACAAAGCCGGCUGCUUUCUUUAUCUCAAUAAGCUAUGACGCCUUGAGGCAGGAUGCCAGACCCUGGCCACUCCACAGCGCCCUAAUUGCUGGGCAAUUUGCCCUCGCUUCAGUGGCUUUUAGUGCUUCACUUUGUGUGACUCACUCGGCUGAACUGUCAUCUUUAAGCAAAGCUUCCCUUUUAAGGCAUGUUAAGGGCAAGCACCUCUAACCUUACUCACUGAAUAGACUCCCUUGCGGAAGAGAAUGUGUUGCCUGCCCUUUGAAGGGCUUUCCUGGACAAGGGUGAAAAAUGAAAAAGCUUCUCACAUUUCUCUUUAAGAGGGCUUGGCCUUUGCCUUGCAAAGAUCUAGCAGAGCCUGGUACAUCCCCACCCCAUGCUGACCAGCUGGAAAAUAUGAAUGAGAGAGAUUUAAAAGCCCUCAUUGACAUACGUAUCCACUCAACAUUACUCAAGCAAGAUAAGGUCAUCUUGGUUCACGGCUGGUUUUAUAAUUCAUAGCAUGUUAGGCCAUGGAUGGCCAACUCCAGCAUUUUCCCUCUAGACAAUGUCCCAAGGGCUAGGCCAGGACUGGGGAAUUUUUUUAGCAUGGGGGCCAUGUUUCCUUCUGGGCAGGCAUCUGAGGGCCACAUGCCCGUGUUGGGCAGGGGCUAGAAGUGAAAGUGGUCAGAGCAUCAAUGUAAGUUUUACUUUUGUACAAUCAGCAUUGACCUUGGCAUGGUUUUCUCCCCCUGCCUAUUCUGUACUGAGCAGGCAGAGAGUGGUACCUUAUGGGAUGGUGGCCACCAAUGGAUUCGUUUUGGUCACUACAAGAAGGGACAUUGUGGGGAGAAGAGAGAGCAGGCAAGAUGAUCAAACAGCCUGGGAAGCAAGUAUCAAACUUGGGAAGGGAGGGACAGGUGCACUCUUUGGUACAUGCAUUAUUCACCCACCCAGAGAUAGCUAACUCAUGGGUUGGUAUAAGUCAGGCAUGGCAUCCCUCAGCAGGGGCUAGUUUCUGCACAACCUCACAACCCCUCUGCCCCCUCCAUUCAGCUAAGCAAGAAGCAUAUCAGAGUUCAAGGAUACAUUCCAACCAGACAAAAAGAUUCAGAGGGUGAAGCAUUGGGGUUUGCAGCUUGGGGAGCAAAGGGGUGACUUGAGGAAAGUCCUGAGGCCCAGAGAGGCUUGGAGGGCCACACUGAACCCCAUGCCUGAAGUACUCAUGAGUCAACCAUAUGAAUUAGCCUCCCUCUUUCAUUAUUAUUAUUAUUAUUAUUAUUAUUAUUAUUAUUAUUUCAUUUAUUUCACACACUUCACCAGCAGGUUCCAAGGUGGGUUGCUACAAUUUAGUAUUGAACAAAUUACAGUUAAACUUACAGUCACAGAAACAGGGCCCAAUACAAGUAUAAUGCAUGUAAUAAGUGGGUUUAUUGAGUUUGUGGUGGUCACAAUGGCUUUGUUGUUGUUGUUUAGUCGUGUCCGACUCUUCGUGACCCCAGGGACCAGAGCACACCAGGCACUCCUGUCUUCCACUGCCUCCUGCAGUUUGGUCUCAAAGUUAAUAUGUUAAUAGCUCGUCCCCUUCUCCUUUCCCAACAUCAGUGUCUUUUCCAGGGAGUCUUCUCUUCUCAUGAGGUGGCCAAAGUAUUGGAGCCUCAGCUUCACGAUCUGUCCUUCCAGUGAGCACUCUGGGCUGAUUUCCUUAAGAAUGGAUAGGUUUGAUUUUCUUGCAGUCCAUCAAUUCUUCAGCGAUCAGCCUUCUUUAUGGUCCAUCUCUCACUUCCAUACAUCACUACAGUGGUGCCUCGCAAGACGAAAUUAAUUCGUUCCGCGAGUUUUUUCGUCUUGCGGUUUUUUUCGUCUUGCGAAGCACGGUGUCGGAAAAGUUUUGGAAAAGCUUCAAAAAUCACCAAAGUCUUCAAAAACCUCAAAAAAGGCUACCACACCGCGUGCUAUGAGUUGCUCCUCGAAGUCAAGUCGCAACUGUAUUAGCGGUUUCAAGAAAAAGGAAACAAACUUGCAAGACGUUUCCGUCUUGCGAAGCAAGCCCAUAGGGAAAAUCAUCUUGCGAAGCAACUCAAAAAACCAAAAACCCUUUCGUUUUGCGAGUUUUCCGUCUUGAGAGGCAUUCGUCUUGCGAGGUACCACUGUACUGGGAAAACCAUAGCUUUAACUAUACAGACCUUUGUCGGCAAGGCUGAUGUCUCUGCUUUUUAAGAUGCUGUCUAGGUUUGUCAUCGCUUUCCUCCCAAGAAGCAGGUGUGUUUUAGGGUGUUAUUUUAUGAAAUCAUUGCUCUGGCAUUUAGACUACCGAAAAAGGGAGCACAUCCUUCUCCCUGGAUGGGGAUAGGGCAGGGCAAUAGGACAAUGAGCCUGGGGACCAGGCCUGUGUGGGUGCACCAGUGGGGCAAUCCACUGCUCACACUGGUGUGUCUGCACAAUCAUGACCUCACUGCCACCCUGCCCCAUUCCCAUCCAGGCAACCUGCAGUGAUGCCAAUGACUGCCCCACCACAGAUGCACUUCUGAAAAUAUGUUGCACAUUUGCACAGGGUGGCACUACGUCUAAUACUGACAUAGAAGUGGUAUUAGGAGAGAAAAGGCAUCUAACUUCUGUGGAGAGGGAGAAAAGAGGUGACUAGCCCAAAUCAUGUGAAUGUGAUGAUCCUGCCGAAAUCACGUUCCUGGAACGGUUUGGAAACCGCAGUGUUCUCAGAAAGGUAUCUUUCUUGGUGCUAGAGAGUAUAUCUUGAAGGUUCAGGUUCAAGCAACUUCUUUGCUUGGGGAAACUUUUGUCUAAAAUUUCAAAAAGCAGCUGAAAUUUCAGAAAACAGGGAACAUAGUAUACAUCAGGUCCCAGGUAUAUACUGUACAUGCUUCUGGAGAAACAGAAAACAUGGUGUGCUUUAUUUCUAAAACAACCUUUUCUGGUUUUUAACUAAAGAAACAUAAAACAUUUUUGUAUCAAAAGCUUAGAAAAUAGUGCCUUAAUGGGCAACAUCAAGUGAAGCCUAAUGGAUACUCCUGCUGCCCUCUGGUGGAACAUCUUUGGCUUUGCAUCUCAGCACUCGGAAGGUCUUGUCUGUGCAGCCAUACACUUCUCAGAGGGUGAAUAUCAGUUGUGGAGCUACAACCUUUACCUGACCUGAUCCAGGGAAAUAGCAUGAAUCCACCCAAUGGCUUCAUACUGAGCCAUAUUUUGCAGGGAGGGUGGCAGAGAAGAGCAUUAUUACACUUCUGGAAUUGAAAGUGAACAAUGCUGGCAAACAAUAGCACCUGUUCCUAGGCGGUCUGAACAGCAUGGUGGUGAGUGGCAGAACACACUGUCAUCUUCCAAGUUCCUCCCUGUCCUACCUCAUUUGUUGGAGAUAACAGCUGAUGCUUCUCUUGACUAUGGGCGUAGAGUUCCAGUUGCUCAUCUACAGGAAAAGUUCUACCCUAAAUAGAGGUAUUUCUCAAACCUCCAUAGACUUCCCAGAACUUAGAUUGCAACUCUCAGCAGUCCUAGCCAAUGAAGUGUACUGCUGGGGCUGCUUCGAGAGGUUGAAGAAUGCUGACUUUUAAGGAAAUUGGACUGUUUCAAGGCCUUCUUUGCAAAAGGACCAUAGCAACUCUCCCUAUCUGUGACACCUGGAGAAGCUUCAUUGAUACCUUGUAUGGAAUCCUUAAACUAGCAAACCCAAACUUCCCUGUAGAUGCCCUUCUUCCCUGUAAGAUGCCCUUUCAGAGUCCACAUUCAAGGCAAGAUUCUGGAAUUCCACAGCAAAGCUCCUCAAUUCUUUAAUAAGAAGAAUAAUGCAAAUAAGCUAAUGUUUAUACAGUGGGUUUAUUUGCAUUACUGUUAUAAAGCAGCCACCAUAUAGAAUGAGGCUCAAGUGCACACAGAUAUGUUAUGAUUGUGAUGCAGGAAAUGAUAGAGGAAGAAAACGCAACAGAUGCUAGGAAGAACUUUAUUGUUAAGAGCUGUUGCCUUCAUGUUCUGUUUGUCUUUCUGUUCUGAACACCUUUAUCUUGUACCCCACCCAGAUAUCUGUAUUGACAAAGGGCGAGUUAUAAAUAUUCAUAAUAAAAUAAUUAACUGUCCUGAUUGUAUGUUUCCCAUAAGCAUUUGGCUGCCACUGUGGGAACAAAAUGCUAGACAGGAUGGACCUAUACACCCAGUUCAAACACAACAAAAAAUAUUUGUUUAUUAUCACAUGUCAGAGCAUUGGGCUCAUGUGCAACUGCUGCUUCUCUCUUCUCCAGCAUAGCUCCAAAGAGGUGAUUAAAAGUUUCCAGUUCCACUUUUUAUUAACCACGGUUUAAUGUUGCAUCCAAUUCCUAAACUGUGGCUAAUUUUAACUAUUUUUUAAAUAAAAAACAACAACAAACAACAAAACAAAAAAAACACAAUCCAGCUUCAUAAGCUAAGGUUUGGAGUUAACUUGUUUCAAUGAUUAAAGUUCAGACUAAUCACAAUGUGUCAGGGUUUCAGACUGCAGUUAGUCUAAAGCAGAAGUGAAACUUCUGAGCUCAUCCUUAGGCCAAGGAGUGGGCCUAUCUAUUGUAUUUUAAGAGAACCUGCCUUUCAUCACAGAGCCCCAGAACAGGUGAUAAUCAUAUAAUCAUGCAGUAUUGAAAUCCAAUUAAACAAUUUAAAUCAAACUAAUAGAGGUCUUACAAUUAUCAAAUGCUAGGAUAAAGAAGUGUGUCUUCAGCAAACAAACAACAGAAACCAUAUAAUGAAGAUGCUUGAUGCAGCUCUAGUAACCCAGGACAUCAUUAGCCUACUGGGUGCCAAAAAUUGAUUGCAUGGAACAGUCCCAUUUGGGGAGGGAGGGGAGGCAGACAAGAACCAUCCUAGGACACAGGUAGGAAAUGACAUGGGGGAGAUGUUCCUUGUAUUCUUUCUCUGAUGAUUCUGUCUUCCCCGUAGGACUCUAUGUGCUAAUAGGAGCAGGCGUGCUGAUGAUGACAGUGGGGUUUUUUGGGUGCUGUGGAGCUGCGCGAGAAUCUCAGUGCCUGCUUGGAGCAGUAAGUAAUGAACUUAUGCACAACUUAGGUGUGAAAUUAGGGCUUUUCAGACACAAUAUUUUGUUACCCCUUUCACCUUGUGGCAGAACCAAAACACCUAGUAAGCAUGAGGUCCUCUCUUCUCCCCUUCCCUUCACACUCCAGCUUUGACACUUCCAUCCUAGAUUUCUUAAAACCCGAGUUCCCUGUUACAUCUGAAAAGGGAGGAUCUAUACUAAUGUCAGUUUACUAGCUAGAAUCUUAAACCAAGAUCAAACUAUGAUUUAAGAUCCUCCAUAAUUGUCAGAUGGCAGUGGUGGUUGCUUGUGAGUAACCUGUCAGGACUCCAACCUGUCUUUUACAGGUUUUAUUUUGGUGCAAAACUAUUUACAGUGCAGAACCUCAAGUUCAUGUCUGCCUCAAUCACUAGCAGAAUCUGAGGGGUGGUCAUUUCCGGGUCCUCCCCCAACAUAAGAGCUUAGUCACCCCCAGCCUUUUCCUUCCUUCUUUGUGUUUUACACCUUUGCACAAGGUGGGCGAUGGAAGAGGCGUGCUUCCCUCCUGGCCGGCUUGGCCAGGAGCAGUGCUGAGGCUCCCAGCAGCAUCCUCUAGCCCUUUCCCCUCCUUUACCCGGGAGGUGUGGCUUUUCCCACCCUCAGACUGACGAGGUGUGGCGCUGGGGCUCCCAGCAGCAUCCUCUGGUCCCUUCCCCUCUUCCCCACUGGAGGUGUGGCUUUCCCCACUGCAGGAAGAGGAACUGCUUCUCAAGAUUUUUGGAGGUUCCCUGUAUCCCAACUGCCCCUCUGCCUCCCUUCCCUGUUCCAAUGGCAGUCCCCUGACAAUAAUAAACCAACAUUAAACAGGAUUUCCCUGUUCUGGACAUACAUGGGAUGCUAUCUUAUACUGAGUCAGACCAUUGGUCCAUAAUGCACAGUAUUUUCUACACUAACAAUGGCUCUUAAGCAGGAGUCCUUCCCAGCCCUCUCUGGAGAUGUUGGGAACUGAACCUGGGGCCUUCUGCAUGCAAAGCAGAUGUCACAGCCCUUCCCCUUUACCCUGUGGCCUGUGUAAUAUAUUUACUGCAGAUCAUUAGAAGGUUGUACAACCUAAGCCUGUAAUCCUGUCUCCAUCCUUUUGCAGUUCUUUACCUGUUUGCUGGUGAUUUUUGCUGCUGAAGUCACUGCAGGAGUUUUUGCUUUUCUUGGCAAGAAAGCGGUGAGUUCAAUGUUUGUUGUGUACCACCCCAUCGCCAGAGUCUCAUGCUAACAAGUAGUUUAUAAAUGUCUAAAACAAACAAAAGGUAAAUGUGUCUUUGAUGAUAAACAGAGGAGGUUAGAACCAGAUGAACAUGUUAUGAUAUAAGGAGCUGUCAUGGGUGUAGAAGUCCCAUUGAUUCCAGCGCAUUUGAAGGUUUACACCUAAAAACGUUAAAAUGUGAAUUAAACAAACACAUGCAGACUUUUCAGGGAGCCACUCAGUGGCAAAUUCAAGUUUGCUGCUGGUGGAAACAUUUCUUACUUGCAUAAUGCAUACUAAGUAGUUCAUUACCCCAAGUACAAAACUACAGUGCCCUGGCAGAUUUUUCUUGGCCUUCACCCAUUGGCUUCACUUAACACGUUUGGUUGUGAAUGUGGUGGUGUUCCAUAUGAGAUAGCUCAGUUGGUAGAGCAUGAGACUCUUAAUCUCAGAGUUGUGGGUUUGAGCCUCACAUUGGACAAAAGAUUCCUGCCUUGCAGGGGGUUGGACAAGAUGACCCUUGUGGUCCCUUCCAACUUUACAGUUCUAUGAUUCUAGGAAAUCUGCCAACCUAAAAGGUGGUCAAAUUCCUGCUUAGCCUUUCUCCUUUGGUACCUUCUUAGCUAAGUCCAGCCCCCAGGUCAUGCUGUGCCUCUGGGUUUUCAUUCUUUAAAGCUAUGCAGUAAAGUCAGAUUUCUUCCCUUCAGCUUGUCUUUUUUUCACUCAUCUCUCCUUCCUGCCAAGUAGUAGAGGGACCAAGAGCCUGGAGGGAAGCCAAGAAACUGCAGAAUAGUCCCUCCAAUUGUCACCAUCAUGAUCUCAUUGAGGUUGUCUGUCUGGUUUACUGCAGGCUGUUGAAGAGGUCCAGCACAUCUAUGAGGAAGCUUACGAAGACUUUGUGAAUAACGUGGGGACAAGCAACAAAACCCUUAUCCAGUAUCAUGAAGCAGUGAGUAACUUCUGAAUUCAGAUCUUUUGCUUAUCAAGGCUGCCUUUAUGAAGUUUCAAAAGCAGGCUUUAAGUCAGGCAUACUGGAAUGGAGGUUAAGGCUUGCUUCAUCUUCACUGCUCUGACCUGGUGGUGCUCCUUACUUAAAGUACCUGAAUUUCCCAUUCUGGCUUAAACACCUUUAACAAUAAAGACCUUCGGUCUAUUUAUUUACAUUUAUUUAUUACGCUGUUAUCCUGCCCUUUUUUCCAACUAGUUCAGGGUGGGGUGCGUGAUUUCCUUUUUUAAAAAAUCCUCACAAUAACCCUGUGAGUUAGGUAAGGAUCUGCCAUAAGCCAAUGCUGAAAGCUAGAUAAAAAUGGCCUAAUCAAGCAGAUAUUUCUAUUUGCAUACAGAUUGGAAUAGUAUGUGAACCCUGACUUCAAUAAAUCCUUUAGUUUGCAUGGUUGUGCUUGAAUUCAUUUGGCUUAAUUGACUUUGCUGAAAAUUGAGCUUAAUGAAAUACAUUCAAAUUGUCAGGUUCAACAGAUUUUCAGCACUUCUCUCCCCCCCCCCCGGCACCCCCCCCCGGCAAUACUGUUAAAAAAUAAUAAUAACUAGAAUAUGCUAAACAUGUCUGCUUAGAAGUCCAAUUAAUUUCCUAGUUAAGGAGCCUGUUGGAGACACUACCUUUGGCCUAACCUCUGUUACCGCUGUACCAACUAAGGAUGUUGUUAGGAACUAAUAUUGCCUGCAUUUUCAGUGCUACAGAAGCCAGUGAGGAAACAUCACAGGGAGAUAUGGACACAUCAGGCCAGUUUCAAAUCUCUUUAAACUAUCAUCAUGUCCAGCCUACAGCUGUGCUCAGAUGAAGGUUUCUCCACUGUUGGUUGCACUAAACCAAGAGUUCAGGGGGUUCAGGGGGUAGUACUCCAUCAAAGAGAUGCACAAUGAACGGGGGGGGGGAACAGUAGCAGAAGGGUAGACUCUGGACAAUAUUAUUGGUGCAAGUAUAUUUUAGAGUGUAUGAAACUUCAGCCUGGAACAAGAGUUUAAUGUAAAUUUACAAGUUGAUGAGAGAACACUGUUACGGACUGACUCAUAAAUAUAAUAAAUAAAUUUAUUAUUUAUGAGGGGGAUUUCUUUAUUUUAAAAAUCUGUCUGGUGUUUGGUUGUUGUUUUUUAACAUGUUAUCUCUGUCUUUCCAGCUUCAGUGCUGUGGGAGAGGAGGAAAUGAUGCUGCAGUGAAGCCCACCUGUCCAAAAGACAUUGAACAGCCCAGAGUAAGUGGCUCUGAUGGACAUGUUGCAAAAAAUAGCCCUGGGAUGUGAUAAGACAUGUAAGUCAGAGAAGCUGGUGGGAAGCCAGAUGAAAUGCUCUGGACAAGGGCCAUUUGGCACUGGUCUUUUUUCUUUCCAUUAGUCAUUUGAGAUGCUACUGAGGAGUAUGCCAGCAGGACUGACUUUCCAGCAGCCGUCAACCCUGCUAACUCUGGGCAUCUUUAUAGAUCUGAACAAUACCAAUGCAAAGCAAUAAUUAACAAAGCGAGAGAAAAUUCAUUGGCAGCCUGCUUGCUUCCCUUAUGAUUCACAUGUAUUCCUGCUCCAUGUCACACCGAGAAACAAGGCCAAAUUAGGCAACACAUGAAAUACAGUUAUCUGUUUUUAUCUGCGCUUCUUCCCAGGGCAAAUGGCGGCUUUGUGAGAGAGAUGACUUUCCCUAGGACAAUGGCAUUGCAGGAAAGGGUAAACCCAUGCAGUGCAGUCCUUAAAAGUCUCUUGACAAACAAGAGGCCUAGCAGAAUCUGAUGGAACCUGGCUGAAUUAAAUAAAGGUGCCCAAACUUUCAUAGCAGGUUCCACCUAGGUAAGCCAUGAAUCCUCUUGGAGGUCUUAAUUCUGCAUUGGGUGAAAUUAAGCAGCAUACCUUAUUCGUAGCAUUUGCCGUUGUGGUGUAGAUUCAGAUUAUGCAAUUUGUGGCACACCGACUCCCUUCCUCUGCACCGUUCCUCUCUCUGCUUCAAUUCCUGGCACACAAAUGCCACACAACUUUGUGAGAAAACCAAACAGGAAGCAACUAGGAGAAGCUGCAAUAAGGAAAGGAGAGAACGAAUGUACCUGGUAUGCCCAAGAUUGCUUCUUGCAUGCUUGUACCUGUCAGAAGGAAGCAGCAGCAAAUUGAUCCUUGUUUACAGGUUUCACCAAGCUAAUUAUAAGAAGAGCAACAUCAAAAUCACAGCAAAACUUUAUGGGUGCUAUUCAAUGCUAUUCCUACUCAAAGUUGACCUAUUGAAGUUGAUGGACAUUGCUAACUUAGGCUCAUUACUUUCAGUGGGUCUACUCUGAGUAGGCCUUGGUUGAAUAUGUGUAUGAUCUUAAAUGAAGAGUAUAGUUUUAAUAAAUGUCAUCAGGGCCCAGGGCUCGGGCAUGCUAGAGGGGUGAUGUGAGGUCCAAUUAGGCUUACAAUAAACACAAAUAUCAAACAUUUAGGAGAUUAUGGUGGUUCAAGCCAGUGCUUCUGUAGUGGUCUGCUGGGUUGCCUCAAAAACAAGAAUCCCAACCACAGCAAAGGCAAGGAAGGCAAGAUGGAGCAGAGAGACAAAGCUGUUGAGGUAUGGGUGAGAACUGCUGCUGCUGUCAGGAAGCUCCUCAAGCCACUCUUCUCAAGGGUAGCUCAGAGGAAGCAAGCAUGGGAAGGCAAUUCCUACACCAAACAGGACAGUCAGGGGCAGAAGUUGUGAAGAGGAAAGGGGUUUACUAAGGUAGAUUUUCCCCAUGGUUGCUGCCAAGAAUGUGUCAACUGGUCCUUAGUAGAAACCAGAAGGGCUCUUCAAGACUUCUUUGAUGUUUAAAGCAUUGUCAACACCUUCAUGUCUCUAACAGAGUUGUCUGACUGAAAUCGAGACUCUCAUUGACACAAAUCUUCGUUUAGUUGGCAUUGUUGGGAUUGGAAUUGCUGGGAUCACAGUGAGUAAUUACCUGAUGACAAUACUGAUACUGCUGCUUCUGUUGUUGCUAGCUGCGUGUUUGCGAAUCCCCCAGGUCCUUCCAAGCCAGUGGAAAUCAGGUUGCUGAGGAGCUCAGAGUGUGAAUGUAGAUGUCCCACGUGUGGAACUUAGGGCUCGUCCUCACUUCUGCUUGUCCUGUGCCUUGAAAGUAUGGGUCCAAGUGGUCUUCCACUUGGCCUGCUCUUUCUUGGCAUGGGUCCAAGCACUUUUGCCUUUGCACUGCUUCUUUCUUCCAGAAAACAUGCUCUUUGGAGUUAAAUCAGAGCAAAUGGCAGUCCACGGAAAACAUGACAGAGGCAGCCCUGACUAUUCACCUGUCUGCACCAAUCCCUUCAUACUCUUCUGCUUCAAACACCUUUCUCCCCGGGUCAGCUCUCAUAUUGGAAGUAACUCCUAUUAAAAUUAGAUCCCCAAGCCACUUGUACACACCCCAUUUUGCACAUGAGUGGGGCAGACAUAUGAACAACAAAAUGGAUGCCCUGUUCAUGUCUAGUUGGGCCUGACUCAAUGCAUUCUGCUGAGAACAUUGUUUUCCCUGCUCUGAUGCUGGCUCCUUAGCAAGUUGUACCAUGUAGCCUCUAGGUGUCAGCAUUAUAUCAGUUUGAAUUGAUUUUAUGUCUGUACUGUUGUUUUGAACUCUUUCUCUCUCUGUGUGUGUGCAUAUUUGAAAAUUGUUACAGGAUGCCUCAUAGAAAGCAAUUCAUAAAUGAAAUAAGUGAUAAUAAUUAUACACAAGACUGACAGUUGUAGCCGAUCCUCAGGGCCGGAAUAAAUGUGGCCUUAGUUGCAUAAGAGGAAGCAAUGUGCAUGAUUUUUUUCAAAUGUAAAAAGGCAAUGCAGGGAGAGCCUGAGUAGGACUGAGACAUGGCAGAUGGAAAAGUGUGGUUUAACCCCUUCCCCUACACCACAAUUUAUAUGAAUAGUCCUCUUCCCCAAAGCUGCUGCCAUGCCUCAGAAGGAAGCCAACAGAGGUUUCCCUCACAGAACUAAUAGCAGCUCAAGGAAUGGGAUAGUUUCAUCAGGAAUGUGGUAUAAAUGACAAUAUUAAGACCCCAUCUACCUAGCAUGGUUUAACCCCCACCGCCCAGCAGCUAUUUGCAUUCUUUAAAUGUGCAUCUCAAAUGCUUUCAUGCAACUAGCAUUGUAUUUUAGUUUGGCUCUAAAUCAUCAAAUGGACAGAAACACACAUCAAAUGAACAGAAAUUUGGAUUUAUGAGGAUUGCUCCAAGCGAUAUCAGCCAUGCCCUGCUUCACAUUAAGGAUUAUGCUCCUCUCUGAUGACUCGUCUCUCCACAUCUGCCUGAGAGCAAUCACUAAAGUUCUCUGAGCUGCCAGACAUAGUGACAAAAAUCUCCCCGCAUUUCCUUUUUUUUUUUAAUGAUAUUUAUUAAAGUUUCAAAAAAUACAAAAACAGAAAAUAAAAAUAGAAGAAAAUACAAAAUACAGAAAAAAGGAUAAAGUUUUUAAGAUACAGCAAAAAAGAGAAAAAUAAAAGGAAACAUACAAAAUAAAAACAAUUAAAAACACAUCGUUAGUUUUCCAUAACAUAUCCUCCUUUCACUUAUUUCCCCGGACCUCCUCAUACCUCCCUUUUUUGUAUUCCAGUUCAGUUUGUUAGUUCAGCAAGUCCUUACCAUUAAGCUUUUACCCAUUUAUAAAACCUUUUUCGUAUCUCUUAAAGCAUUACAGCUGGAAACCACUUAGUUUCUAUCCAACAUCCUUCUAAAAUUCCUUAAUUUUACAAUAUUUCUGUAAAUAGUCUUUAAAUUUCUUCCAGUCUUCUUUCACCGACUCUUCUCCCUGGUCUCGGAUUCUGCCAGUCAUUUCCGCCAAUUCCAUGUAGUCAAUCACCUUCAUCUGCCAUUCUUCCAGAGUGGGUAGAUCUUGUGUCUUCCAAUACUUUGCAAUGAGUAUUCUUGCUGCUGUUGUGGCAUACAUAAAAAAAGUUCUAUCCUUCUUUGGCACCAAUUGGCCGACGAUGCCCAGAAGAAAGGCCUCUGGUUUCUUCAGAAAGGUAUAUUUAAAUACCUUUUUUUUUUCAUUAUAAAUCAUCUCCCAGAAAGCCUUAAUCCUUGGGCACGUCCACCAAAGGUGAAAGAAUGUGCCUUCAGUUUCUUUACAUUUCCAACAUUUAUUAUCGGGCAAAUGAUAGAUUUUUGCAAGCUUGACUGGGGUCAUGUACCACCUGUAUAUCAUUUUCAUAAUAUUUUCUCUUAAAGCAUUACAUGCCGUAAACUUCAUACCUGUGGUCCAUAACUGUUCCCAGUCAGCAAACAUAAUAUUGUGUCUAACAUCUUGUGCCCAUUUAAUCAUAACAGAUUUCACCGUUUCAUCCUGAGUAUUCCAUUUCAACAGCAAGUUAUACAUUCUUGACAAAUUUUUAGUUUUGGGUUCUAACAGUUCUGUUAAAAAUCUCUCCGCGUUUCCUGGGCAUCCUUUAAAAUACAUUCCUUGUGUUCCAGAUCUUUGGCAUGGUCUUCAGCAUGGUCCUCUGCUGCGCAAUCCGGAACACAAGAGACAUGCUCUAGAACUCUUGCUUCAUAGCAUUAUCUUCAUCCUAGGGACCAGAGACCGGAGGACUUCUGGAUGAAUCUGCAAGUGCACUUGUCCGCUCAGCUUAACAACUGUAACCAUUUUAAUUAGUGGCGUUAACCAACUGACAGAGAGAGAGAGAGAAUGAGAGGUAGAUGUUUGGUGAGCGUGAGAGUUUUACAUUGUUUGCAUUUAAAUUAAGACAAGGAAAUCUGAAGCAAACAAAUAGGAUGGGCGUAACAAUGUCUUCUUCAAUGCAGUGGCAGCAUUAGAAACUAAAAUUUAUUUGAAACAUGACUUUGCACAUGUGUGCAGGUGAUCAGUGCCUAUAUCUCCAUGUUCAAGUACAUGUGUGUUUGUUUGUAGGCACACAGAUGCAUGUGGUCCAGCUGCACAGAUAUCUGUAUAUAUGGUACUCCAUAUGAUUGUAUGUAUGUUUUGUGGGUGUCUGUAUUUUUGCAUGCACAUUCCUGCAGUAUAUAUACACUUGGGUGCAUACCCAGGCUAAAGCCCUUUCCAAGUGGCCUCCUCAUUGCUGAUAAGCCAUCUCGUUUUUAUCCAACAGUGUCCAAAGGUGACUACAUUUAACCAAUUGGAUUGGAAGUAAAUGAUACACGAUUGGCUCUGUUCCUGGACAUCUCACCUUGGAGAGUUUCGGUAGCUUUCUUUGUCACAUGCAGAAUUGUCUUUAAUCCCUGAAGGCUCCAUGGGGAACACUCUGACCUGCACAAAAGAAAGUAGAGAUUUUUCUUAAAAGGUGGCAGCAUCCAGUCAAAUCAAUUAAUAAGUGUAAAAUGGAAUUAACUGGGAACGAGGGAACUUUUUGCGAGACCUGUGCAGCAAUGUUUUUGAAAAGGACCUCUCUCUUUUUUCCUUUUCCAAAACUCAGGUUGUCCUUGAUGGGGAGCCUUUAACCUUGUUCUAUAUACACUGGGCUUCCUGAUUGUUGCUGUUUUCUCUAAUAAACACCACUUUGUGCCUUUUGAUUUAAUUAUUUUUAAUAUCCGCAAAAGGAAAGGUCCUUUCUGCACAAUUGAAAAGCUGUGCUCCCAACUACAUUGGGUACCUAGCAUCAUAAUCACACAAGUUUCUUUAAUGUUUAUAUCACACCUUCCAACUUUUGGCUAUAAAAACUGUGCCUUUCACAACUGUGCACUAAUAUUUCCAUAUUCUAUCACACCAAUGCCACACAGUCCUAAACACAUUUAUUCAGACAUUACAGUUGUGUCUCUCUGUUCCAUAUGACUGCAGCCUUCAUGAAUAAGGACCAUAGAUUUGCUGCAGGGUAUAAUCAUGCUGCUGUUCACAACUUUUCGUUUGCUGCAUGAACAUUUCUGCACUGGCUUAGCACAGAAACGGUUAAAAAAACAGCAGUAGACAAGCACUGAAAGAGCACUGCAGUAUUGUAGUUGCACAGCUGAUGAGGACACUGAACAAUUUUUUUAAUUACAUUUAAAGAAAAUGUUCCCAAUAUUUUGCAGACAUGGAGUGGAGCAGCUGGGCAUUGAGUCACUUGGCAUUAAUGAGAUUCCAGACAACAAUCAGUUGGUUCCAUGAAGCAGUUAUGCUGAGAAGCUACAGGGAAGUUGUUUGAACUCUGUGCAACAAACCGGUAAUAACUGUGGCAAAAGGAUUCUCGCUUGCACAAUGGGAUUUCCCCCUUCCCGCCCCAUGUGUGUCCCAUGUCCUCCCCAAAUCUGCUCCAGUUGGGCAGUUGGGGAACCCCCAGAACAGGCUUAAGGGUAGGAGGGAAGAGGAAGGGGGGAAGUCCCAUUGCUCAUGUGAAAAUCCUUGUGUUGACAGGAUAUUACUUAGCAUUCCAGUGAAUCCAAGCCUGGACAAUUAUUUUGCUAAAAAAUUGAUUGUUUGGAAAGGACUAGAGACAAAAAUGAGAAACUCUGGGUGGUUAAAGUACAGCAUGCUGUGAGCAUCCUUCCAUGUCAUCUGUAGCACAGUAAGAUGUACCUGCCAAACUAGCUUUUAGAGAUUAGUUUUUAAAGUAAAUGUCAGAUGGUCUGUCUUUGCCUUAUCCCUGUUUUAGGAAUGAAGGUAGUUCACUCAGACUUAUUGCUUGAACAGAGGCUGCUCAGUCUCCUGGGACUAUGUUUGAAUAGGAUCCACUUUAUAAAGGUGAUGCCAGUGAAAAAGCUAGCUUCUCUGGCUAAUAUGCACUGACCUUUCGGGAAAUCCCGUCCCUGGAGUUCUGGCAAACCGAGUGGGGGGGGUCAAGAUUUUGGAAUGAGAGAAGUAGCAAUACAACACCCUUUAUUUCCACCAAUUCUUUCUGAGAAUCUGAGGCUGGCUUCCAGCAGAACAUUUCAGUUAAGUCCUCCUCCUACAUGUGACCAAGUCAUGCUAUUAUUGUCCAAGAUGCAUUGUGGGUGAAAAAGAACACUGUAUGAUUGAAAUACCUCAGGAGUUAGUUUACUGUUUGCCUCUGUGUUUUACAUUCUUUCUAUUUAUUUCUACUAAAAAUGUUUCAUGGAGAAAAAUAAUCUGAUGGAAUUAAACCAGCCAGUCGGUGGGAAAUAUUUUAUGGUGCAGUCUUGAUUCAUCACAAUCACUGGGGCCUUGAGCUGCAUCCUUGGAAUAUUUAUAUACGGUAUAUGGAGCCCAUUUCUGGCAAGCUGCCAUUUUAGGAGUCAGAACUCUUAUUUUGUCCUCUUUAAUAUUCAGUUCUUUUGUUUUGUUUCAUGUGAGAGUAGGCCUUCAAAAAGAACAGGUUAGUGAAAGAGCACGUGUUUUCUAAAAUGCUAUGUACCUCAUAAGCCUUUGUUCCAUCAAAAUUUCUUCAAAGGUUUGAGAACUUAGGGAAAGUGUAGUGUGCACCCAAGUGUGUAUGUGUGCAUAUGUGUUAGAGAGAGAGAAGCACCAAGUUGUGUGUAACCUUUUCUUCCCAUUUCCCCAAACAUAUGUUCAUGUGCACCCCAUUUUCCCUAGAUUUCAGUUAAACCACUUUAUCAGUCUCUACUGCUUGGCCCAGUUCAGAUAUCUGGACACACGGUAAUGCCUUUCACAUGUUGGGGGCUAGGCACAGUCUCAGGAAUCCAUGCAUCAUGUGCACAAUUCGCCCCACUCACACAAGAGGUCAUUUGCUGCAGGUCGCACAUGCUCCUAGCGCCAAGCCCAGCUCCCAGCUUAUGAAAGACACUUCCAAGACCCUGAGAGGCUCAACAAGGUCCCUGUUUUGUCAGAGAAGCAGAAUUGUCUGCAUCGCACAUCAUUUUUAUCUGAGAUUUUCAGGUUGGGGGGGUCAGAAAUAGCUGGAUAUACCAUAGUCUGUGUGUGGAGAGGGUGUGCAUCAUUGCUCCAAAAUUGUCAUCCAGAUGAAAAUAUUUUAAAAUGAAGACUUCAGGAAUUUCUGCCAGUUUUCCAUGUGAAACAUAAGAUUUUGGCAGGGAGAGUAAAGCCCACUGUAGCUGCGAGUGGUAUAUGUGUCCUUUUAUUUAUUUCUAAGCAUUUCUACUUUGCUCUUUUAUUUGAAUAAUUAGUAUUUCCCUUAGGAGUCAGGUCAUCUUCUCCAUUAAAAUGCCCACAAAUUCUCAAAUGAAGCCAAAUGUGCAACAGUCACUUUCUUUUGUCCCUGACAACUCAGGGACAACUUGUGCAUUUGGAUCCCAUUUCAGGAACUAGGAGUGCUGUCCCAGACCCUGUAAUACAACUUUCUACAGUGUUUUCACAGUUGUGCUGAUCCUUGUCAGCUACCAUCCACUCUUUGAAAUGCCUUGCCCUCCCAGUUUUAUGCUUCAGGAUCAACCCAGGAAGCCCCAUUUAGCUGAGCCCUAUUUUCAUUUGCAUACCUGCCUUCUACUUAUGAGACAAGUGAGCCAUUAACCUAAAUGCAGCUUGAAGGAAGAGUUCUACUCUGCUUCAUUCUGACUGUCGCAUUCCUUAUUGGCAGAGAGAACUAUACCUACUCCCUCUGCUAAAUGGAAACUAUGAAUACCAGAGCAAAGCCGUGGGAUGGCACCAGUUCAGAAGACUCCAAGCUGGCAACUUCUCCACUUUUGUCAUUUCUGUGGAAUGGCUCUGUCCUGUGCAGACCUCACCCUUGUCUGCUGAAUAGUGCUGAUAACUGAGCCGUGGGCUGCAAGCCAAGGGUGGGGAUGUGGUAUCCACACAGACAGAUUGGGCAGUGCUGUGAAAGUAGAGCAGCAGGGAUAUACACAUGCACACACACACCAUUAUUUUGAAUUAAUGGGCACUGCUUGUUCGGCCUCAGAGCAGCAAUGACAUUCUGGCUUUUGUCUCUUUCAUCACCGACUUCAUCAGAGUUGCCAAGCUUGGAGAAAUCAGUCUUGCUUCCCAAAUACCAUCUCUUGUUACUUGGUUGCUUUUUUUUUUUUUUUUACCUCUAAGUGCCUUCUUGGAAACAGGGCUGAGAGCCAGUUCUGCAAGUAGACCUGUCUUUUUCUUUCUUUUUAAUCAAAGUCAGACUUGAACUCUACUGCUUUCUGGUGAAUUUUCACUUCCCUGCAUGUCUUUCUAUGCAUGAAAUUGUUCUACCAAUCCUCAGCUGCUUUCCAAAAAUAAUAAAAUGAUUAGUUUGGAAUUUUAGAUCAGAAGAAAUGUAGUGGCACCUGGUGCCUAUUUUUCUGGAUUUUUUUUGUGUCCCAGAAAGCGGCAUUUAUUAAGUCUAUUGGUGCCUUUAAAAAGUUCACAGCUGUAGCCUUCCCACCUCACCAUGUCAGAAAUUAUUUACCUUUACCUUACUGAAGGAUAUAUCGGCAAAUACUGGUGGAUUAUUAUUUAGUUCUAUCACUUUCUUAACCUUUGUACUUUUCUAAGGUGUUUACUAAUGGUAUGCAAUCAGGGAGCACGCUGUCAGUCUGUUUUUGGAAACACGGGUUCCAAACGAUUGCCCAGGCUGCAGGCAUUGUUUCAACCAAGUUGGCAGCUUGGCACACUCAGAUGACCAUACCAGGCCUUGAUGAGAGUAGCACAAAGAAUCAUGAGACAGCUUCUCCCUCACAUUUAGUAGACCUACAAUAAUGUUUACAGUGAACGAGAGCUGUGCCUAUUGGUGGUCAUUGCUGUGGCAGGCAGGUGCCACCUUGGGUUCCUGUGGGGAAUUUCCCCCUUUCAGUGUGCUGCUACUUCUGUGCCUGAAGCAUGAUAAUAUUCUCUUUCUAUUUCCAAGCUCUGAUAAGGAGUGCAGUGUCUUUCCUAGGAGGGAUUAAUGUGAGAGAUGUAGGGAUCCAGCAGGAACAGCAGAUAGAGGACACCUUGGAGCUAGUGUGGUCAGAUUCUCCCAAACAUCUUCAGGAUAUCACUGAUGCUGAGCAAGCAACACUCCUCAAGCUACCAAACACAGCACAUGUGGUCUACCUCAGCACUAGGACUCUGCAGACUCACCAAGCGACGCCGUGCUGCUUUAAGCAAGGGAGGGUGAAAGAACAAUUUGAGAGCCCUUUAAAAUACAUUGAAUAAGCCCCUACUUGGAGGGGAAGCUUUUCUAACCUUUGUCCCUUGUGGAGCCAUGGGUACAUUAUGCAUCUAAUAGAUGCUCUGUCCUCCUGCCUAAUGUAAAUAUGGGCAUUCUCACUAGCCAUGGGAAUGACUGUUUACACUGAGUUCGGACCUUUGGUAAGUGGUGUGUCAAAGUGUCUAUUGAAGAGUAGCACCUGGCCACUCCUGGGAACUUGCAGGGAUCAAAGCAAGGCCUGAAGACACAGAGCUGCAAAAUAGCCGUGCCUCCUGUGCUGAUACCCCCACUGGAAACACGUGCCCAGUUUCUAGUGAAAUGGAUGUGCAAAACUGUUUUUAUUUCCACCUUUUAAAGCCUAUGUGUUAAAGUUUGUAUAAGAGACUUCAUUAACUCUUCAAAUGUUAGUAGAAAUAUAAAUAAACAUAGUCCUCCUUUGCAGCGUGGUUGAUAUCUGACAGCAUCAGUGCAUCAAGUUCCUAUCAUGGGAAAGCAAAUAUGUUCACCAUCUAGCCAUUCCCUCUAGCUGUGAAUGUUAUUAGCCCUUGUUCUGUUAAUGAAACGUGUUCUAGUUUGGCCUGCUUUCUGAAUGCAUUUUUUAUCAGCCUUUCUCUACUGAAGUUGAUGCAGAAAUCUAAUAAAAAUAAUAAUCUGAAAUGAAA